GUCUGUCAGCGCGGGAGCGAGCGUCAGGAUCCAAGGACGGACCGCGGGAACGCGAGCUUCAGGUCAUCUGGAAGUCCGCGAACAUCAACCGGCAGACACCGAGAACGGGAUCAAUAUUCAAAACCAAAACUGAUAGAAUAGUGAAAAAAGAGAGGAAAAACAGUGUUUAGUUUGAUCAUGUUUGUGUGAAAUGAAGCGAAAUGAUAGAAACACGGUGAAUCAACAGGACGAGGCUCCGGAGGUAUCAACAAUGUCAGCGGCGUUUGACGGUUAACUGAAUGAAAAAACAACAUUUGAUCGAUAAAAGAGACGGCAAAAACCAGGAUUUGAUCCUCUGGUGAGUCACAGUGAAACCUUUGAAGACAUACAAAACGUUACAGUGGAUUUUCACCUGUUCGACAUUUCAUUCAUUAAUUUAAAAAAAUAAAAGAAGGACCACCUUUAACCUGAACGACCCAAAUCACCGGAACAAACCGGAGCAGAACAAGCUUGCCGUGGGGAGCUGGUGCUAGAAACAGUGGGAAGGAUCACCGUGAUUUGAAUAAAUCACAGACGGCGAGAAAUCAACAGGAGACCGACCCAACGACGCAGUUUUGUAACGGAAUUCUGACCCGAGAGGGGGAGAAGGAGGAAAUAUCGGCGUGAAUCUCAAAGUGUUCAGGAGAACCAGAUCCAGCUGCAAACAGUAAGUAACAGUUUAUUAUAUUUAUCUAGAUGUUUUCUUUUUUAUCCUGUGGUUUAUCUCCGUGGAUGUUUCCCCCCACAUGUUUCUUUCCUUCUCCUUCAGCCCCCUUACCAUCAUCACCGUGUUUUUGGCAAAGCAAGCUCUUCUUGCAGAGGAACAUUUUUACAUUUGUUUCUUAUUUUCCUUCGUUUAUUGCACAUUUUUUUUCUCAGUUCAAUUCUUCCCCUUAACCCCCUCCAAGCCCUGUCUGUCUCAGUCUGCUCUUGGUUUUACAUGCGACUUAAAAAUAUAUUUCAUUACCCUCAACUCUCAUCAGAGCUAAAUAAUAAAUACUUAAACAUCUCAUUAAAAAUUCCAAAAAUGUGAAAGAAGUCAGAAAACUCAAAACUCAAUGUAACAAAAUCAAAAUGGGUUUUUUAAGCAAAAACAUAAGCAGUUCACCUAUUUUGAUUUAAAGCACUCAGGCAUUUGAACCUGUCCCUAGUGUUUAUAUUUAGCCUACGUGGAGCCACGCCCACCACCAACAUUCCAAACAAUAUGAUUGGACGUUGUUGCUGAGAACUCCUGGAAUCAUCGGCAGGUGUUACAUUUUUGAAAAUGUCAAAUUUUGCACAUAUUUAAAUUCAAGAAAAUUUAAUAUUAGGGUUAAUCCACCGACAUUCAUUUACUUUUCUCAGCUGAAGGAGAAUUUACAGGUCAGAAUUUUCGAGACAUCAAAGAUGGAGAAGAUGAGUCUUAAUUUGAGGGGGUUGUUAUGCCAAAUUGUUUCCUAGGAAAGGCUAACUUUGGGGUACUUUAAAGGUACAGUGUGUAGAAAUGGGAAUAUUUUGGGAUAUUUUGUGAUUAGAUUUCAACAUUAUUGGCGAAGUGACAGUGGCCUUCCAACAAAAGAAGUCCUUGUGAUGCAUGAUAAGUAUAAUCCUGUAUUUGUCAAGUUUUUAGAUUUUAGGAGUGACAAUUUCUAGAGAGAUAAAAUACCAAGUGUAACAUGCUGAUGAUGGACUCCAUUUACCAUUUUCAUCUCACCUGUAGAUGUGACAAAUUACUGCAUAAUCACCACAAUGCAUUUGGAGACCAGAUGUGUCACAGAGGCUAUCCCAUUUUGCAGGCCCCUUAAGUUGCAUCCAACAAAGGUGCAUUUUUGAAGAUGGCAGACUCUGAAAGUGAAGAGUGACGCACUGUUAAAUAUUAGUGUCAUGGUUUAAAGCCAUUGGAAGAGCAUAAACAAAGGGGAAGACACUUCAAAUUUGAAGCCUCCUCUUACAAAUUGUUAACAUGUGUACAACUUCAUGUAUAUUUCCAGCAUAUGAUUGACCAAAUCCUAAUGUUUUAAAGAGUAUCUGUGUGAGGCUUGAGUUCCUGUUAUCUCGUUUGAAUUGUGAUUGGCGGUCAGCUGGCUGGUGGUCUCCUCUUCUCCAAGACUCUGAAACCAAAUAUUUUGGGAAACUUUGUUUAUAUUACUUGUGAAAGUGUGACAGUCCCUCUCUGAUAGUCAGGUAUUUGAGGUGAUACAACUUUUAUGUCUGCAGAGCACACUUAGCUAUAGGACCAGCUGCCAGAAAGUUUGUGAAUUAAUGGCUUGAAACAGCUGAUACUUGACUGUGGAAACUGAGUUUUUGAUGACAUAGUGGUUGUUUAAUGUCUUUAACUGAAGUCAUGGUGAAGAAUAAACCUGGUAUUAUCCUGGCUCAGUGUACAAAAUAAACUCUCCUCUAAAAGAGCUGCUUCUCUGAGCCUCAGUCUACUUUGAGUGUCAACAGAUCAUCCUUGAAGCUUAUUGACCAGGUUUUUGAAUCUCAUCUGCACUCUGUAGACUAAUCCGUAUCUAAUUACUAACCUUUUCCUCUUUCGAACUGGUUAUUUCUUCCUAGAGUCUCUCUGAGAAAUGAGUGUUCGACCAGCCAAGCAUGUGUUGGUGUUAUCACCUUACAAGAUCAAGAUUGAGGGCUCGAUGAUGAGAUAUGAGGAGCAGCGAGGAUUUAUCAACAACUUAUUUAGUGAGCGAUGUGAGUCAUCAGCAGAUAGAGCGCCCUUUGGCAACAAAAGCUGUGAGAUUACAGGAGCAGAAAGCAGCUUUCAGAUCACUGUAAACAGAUUAAAACAUGAUAAAACCCUCAAUCUGUAGUUACUUCACACAUAUGCAUGAAUCUAGAACUCUCCAAGACUAAACAGAUAAAAAAUGAAGACAAAGACAUAAAAAAACUCUGGUUAAGACAGGUUCUUUUGACAUAUUUUAGACCUAACGACUCUUGGGUAUAGAGAGUUAUGGAAUCGCUCUAAUAGACUUCCUCGCUUGGUUGCUGUGAAACCGGCUGUAACAGCUGGGGGUAAAUGCUUUCUAUCAAAGUACAUCUGCAACAGGCUCGAAGUGUUUUUCUAUUAAUAUCACAGAAAUCAAUCCUGAGGAGACAGACUGUUCUGUAAAAGGGUGAGAUUCUUUCAAGCCACCAUAACAUAAAUUACACCUCACAGGACACUUUUGCCUCCUCCUUUUUUUAUACACAUGUAAAACAUGUCCUAAGGGGUCCUUAUUCCCAGCAUUAGAAGCACUCUGGUUUCUUUAUGUGGGACUUUGGCCAAUCCUAUUGAAGCAGGCUUUAGGGUAUGCAGGAAAAACUGCUUGUAUGGAGGGCAAAAGCAAGCGCGAUGCACACCAUCAAAAAGACAUCCCGAUUUCUUUCUGGUGUUUUCAUGCAAGUGCAGCUAAUAGACUGUUCUCUAUGAAAAAAUCUAACUCAAUUGCUUUGUGUUAAAAAUCCAUCUGUGUUUACAUUUUCCAACUACCUUGACUGCAUCAUAAAUGAUUAAUUUGACGUCUGUUCAACAAACAAGCUUAAUAAAAGUUGUUUUCUCUUUUCUAGGAUGGAUCUGACAAAGUUUGUAUUCCUACUUUUGACACAUAUUCAGUGUCCCUGAUAUUUCUGCAAACUCAAUACCUUUAAGUGGGAUUAAAUAACAAGAAAUUAUUUCUUUUUGUUUUCAUACUGCUGAAGUAAACCUCUGUGCAAAAUUCUUUCCCCUGAGAUCUGCUGUCAACAGUUGAACAGGCGCUACUCCAAAGAUGUUGCAGGCCAAAAAUGAUGGCGUUUCAUUUCAGACAUAAACUAUUCUGCAAAAUGCAAUCACAAAUGUCUAAUUGUUCUAUCCUAAAACAAUUGAAAUACACUGAGCCAGUGGUAGACUUCAAACUCCAUGUCCUGCGAGAUAAAACUGCAGUUAUUGUUAGAGACGUCUGGUGGCUUUGAAGAGAGUGAUGUAAUGGCUGUUUCUUGUUACAAAGAGCAUCUGUGUCUUUAUUAAAAUGGUCUAUCUCUGUAAAGAUACUCUUUUAAGUGCUGUCAUACAUUUAGACUUCAAAUUUGAGCCUGUCAUUUGCAAAAACACAAACUCUGACUGGAUGUGGUUUGAUCAGACACAUUAACCCCCAGGGAUAACAUCACAGCCAUUAGCACCAGUUUUAUAGAGCAGUCGACUGAAGCAUGACUUCAUUGUUUUACACCCUAUUUUACCCACAUAGGCCCUUAAAUAUGUCAGAAUAGGCGCAUCAGCUCCAUGAUGCCACAUUUCUAUGCUGUACACUAUGUGAAGAUUUAUAAAAAACUCUACAGAAGCAAAUCCCUGGUUGGAAACAGAGUAAUAAUAUAGCCUCAGUUUGAUGUGUCGCUUGCAGCAGCGGAUCGACGGCAGCAAAGCAUUAUUGAUCAGAACAGUCUGAAAUGUCUCAUUAACUCUUGAUGGAUUGGGAUGAAAUGUGGUCAGGACGUUAAUGUUCCCUUCAUGAUGAUGAGUAAUGGCUGGAAUGGUCCUCUGACUUGCAUCUAGCGCCAUCACAAGGUUUAUAUUUAAAUAGUCAAAUGUAUACUACUGUGUGUUGGCUAUUGACAUUCUUUUUUAGCUUAAGAUGUACUAUGUCUUUGCUGCUAAAUAGUUUUAGUAAGCAUGCUAAUAUGUUAAAACAAGCAGAAACCUUCAGUGUUGGAUAAUGAAACCGAUGUGAAAAAGCCAAAAAAUGAAGUUCCUGCAGUGUCGACUUUAGGCCGAAAUGACACCGUUUCAGUCCAAACCCAUUUUCACAGUAGAAUUAAACUGGUUGGGUCUCUGUCAUAGUGCAUGUAAUACAAGUACUAAUCAAUCAAUAAAUUAAUUGACACGUCUUUAAUUAAUAUAGCACCAAUUCACAACAAAUGUUCUCCCAAGACAAAAAAGCUGGUCUAGACCGGACUCUGCAGACCAAGACCCAAUGUCGUGAUGGGAUCAGACUGUGCCCCAUCCUGUAAGAGCUGACCUACUCCCAAGUCUCACAGAGCUGCUGGCAUGUCUGGAAAUAUGUGUAACUCUCUUCUUCUGCUCCUCAUCUUUCUCAGUGGAGCUCCGGGGUAUGCUGCUCCUCACCGUCCUGCAUUGCUGCUCGGUAGCUCUCUGUGGUUGUGAGCCCCGGCUGGUGAACAUCGGUGCCGUGCUGAGUCAGAAACGCUACGAACAGGUGUUCAAGGACGCGGUGAGCCAGGCCAACACUCUGUACGGGAAAGAAAAGUUCAAGAUGAACGCCAUCUCCGUCACGCACAAACCCAAUGCCAUCCAGAUGGCUCUGUCCGUCUGUGAGGACCUCAUCUCCAAUCAGGUGAGGGUGCUCUACUCAUCCUGUCAAGAAGCUCUUAUGAGAAGCUCUUCUUGGCCUUUUUGUUGACUCUCACCUGUUCAGUUAGUUUAUCUUUUAUGUCUGCAGCCUAAUAUUCAUUUUCCAUUUGUCUGACAAAUUUAGCUUUUUCAUCAACAGAAACUUGUGAAAAAUUUUCUAAGUGAUGAAAUAUUGUUUUAUUUUCAUAUUUAUUUCAUGAAAUGCAAACAUCAACACCAGCUCUAACGUAAUGUAUCUAAGAGAAUAUGUAACAUUUAGGGCUCUAUUUUCGUUCGCGCCGGUGAGGCGGCGGAGGGCGGCGAGGCCCGCGCAGUUGUAUUUUCGUCUGGCGGAGCCCGGCGUAAGGCGAGUUUGGUAUUUUCGUGGACUGAGUCGCACGGAGGCGAGCCGAGAUCCGCCAAGCUGGGCGUGGUGGCGUGGCAGGGGGAGGUGUUGACAGAAUCAGCUGGCGCAGUGACAUUUUCGUGCUCGCCACCGGCGUGUAACGUGCGCUGAAAGCUCGCCGAUUCAAACCUGGUCAGCUUUCAGCGCAAGGCGGAACGCAGCUGGUCCAGUAGUAUUUUGGUAGACCGGCGGCGUAUCGACAUACGUCACUGAUGCCUCACCGGCAGGUUUCCACAGUAUCAGGCACAUUUCAGUGCAAUAAAUAAUCAUCAUCAACUAUUAAUCUGAGUCAGCACAUACAUUUAGAUCUAUAUCGAUAUAUUCUGAUCUAUAUCUGAUCUGAUGAGCGCGUUUGGCACGCGUUUGGGCACACAACCUGACCGAAUCAAUACAGCUGAAACUGCAUCAAAUUAAAUUAAAUAUCUAGUAAAUAAACUUACAUGAUGAAGUUAACUAGAUAUGUAAUUCGUCUCCCUCCUUUUCUUUCUUCCUCUUAUUUCUCGCACAGCUCGACCUGGACACGUCUCCGUGUCCUCUGUCCGUCUUCCUGCUGCUGCUGCGGCUGAACAGAUGAUUUGUUUCAGUGCUCAGAUGCGUUAUCUACUUUAAGCCGACAUACGGAUAUUAUAAUAUUCAGUUUUGUGGGCCAAAUUUAUUUUAUAUGCCAACAUCUAUGAAAGAAAGAGCCAGGCCACGGAGCGCGAUGCGUCAUUUACGCACAGAUGGUUCCGAUUUUAAUGCCAUUUUUGGAGUUUAUGUUGUGAUCUGUGCGCACAACCCACCUUUGUCACGUGAGGUUUGAAUAUAUGCAACUUUAUGUGAGUGUCUUUAUUUGUGGAAAAGGGUGUUUGUCUUACCAGUGGGUCCAACAUUACGCACACCAAAUCCAUCUGUGCUCAGAUGAGAGAGUGUGGAGGACACUUGUUGAGGAGCUGCCCUCUGUCGCCAUCGUGUGGCAUAACUGUCUUCAGACAUCUCUUGAUCUCUUUGACUACUUCAUGAAAAUAGUAAUACGCCUCGCCGGUGGCGGAUUUAAAGGCAAGGAGAGGAGCUUAUUUGAUUGGUGAAAACAGGUCUCGGCUGUGUUAAACCGACUCCACGCCCUCUCUCCUCCCCGUCUAUGACUUAUGCUGCCGGGAGGAGCUGAGUUAGGGAGGGGGGAUACUUACGCCGGGCUGCGCGGCUCACCAAAAUACCAAAAUGUGCUUGGGAACGCCUUGUCAGCGCGGCGGAUCUGAUUGACGCUGCGCUUGUGGCACGUCUCCGGCGAGGCACCAAAAUAGAGCCCUUAAUCUGCAGCUCAAAAUGCAUGUUUGACUGUGCUUUAAAUGAAAAUCACCCUGAAAAAGCAGUCAUUGUCUAUAUAAUCAAGUUUACAUUGGUCUCAAAGAAAAGGCCUAAGCAGUUGAUGCUUUUAUUCUUUAGGCACAGAAAGUUAAGACCUCUGUCUUUCUAGUCAAUGUGUUACAUAUGCAUCAACAAAGUCAUCUAGUGUUGAUGCACAUGUGACAACCAAAAUCUGUGCUCAGCUCAAAGUCUUCAGACUAGCUUAAUUUUGUCAAAAACAGGAGCAUACCCAACGUUCUGUUCCUACCAGCGGUUUCUCAGUAAAGGGGCACAGCUGACUGGCGUGCAUUGUGGCUGAUACACUUCCCAGUAGGGGUAAAAUCGAUUCAUCUACAACAUGAAUGUAUCGAUUUAUAUUCUAAUGAUUCAACUACAUCGAUCUGUGCUCGGCAAGUUGGCCUUCCAGAUGACAUAUAUCGAUCUAACAUUGUCCUAAAAUGUAAUCAAUUGAUUGUAUCAAUACUAGGAAAUAACCCAAUAGAUGAAAGCACGGCAGACUGUACAUGGAUGUGUUUUUUUUUCACGUUUAACAAUAAAGACGUUCAGCUUUAUUUGAUUCAGUCUACCGGUCUGUGACGUCAUUGCCACGUGUCAGUAGACAAUGAAACAUAGCAUGGUGGAUGGUGGAGGAGAAGUCGGUCAGCGAGAAAUUAUCAAGCCACCAUUGCGGUCCAGUGAUAUUGUAUUUUGUAUUAUUUCUGUGUUGAAAAACAACAGAAGUAGCAGAAAUGUUGGAUGCACUUACCGUACUUUCAUUGAAAAUGUAUUGAAUAUUUAAAUUGAGAACAGAAAAGGUUAACCUUCUCCACUGGAGUGGAAGUCACAUUUUAUUUAAAUAAAAUGUGAAUGCAUUUGCUAUGAAAUGUCAUUUACUUCUUUGUUUAUAACCAUAGUUAAUUUAUACCUGAUUCCCUUACAAGGAACAACAGGAAUCUAGGAAGCUGCACUGUCUGAUAUCCAGGUGUUUAUUUCACAGUCACACUGGUUGAAUUUUUGGCUUAAAAGUUACUGAAUCAAUUUUACGUUACUGAAUUGGAUCGUAUUGUUCUUAAUGAACCAAUAUCAUCCUUGAAUUGAAUCGGCAACCACGAAUCAUGAUACGAAUCAUUGAAUCGUUACACCACUACUUCCUAGUGUCAUGCAACUCACACAACCUCACUUGAAAAAUACUGAAAUACCCCAUAAAUAGGGAGAACCAUUCCUUUAUUCUGCUGCAGGUGCUCUAUUAUUAACCUGCAUUUUGACAAAACACCCUGGAUCCAGCGGUUGAGUCACUUUAGAGACCAACAGUAGCGAGCAGCUUGCUAAUAGAGAUUUUAUCAUGAUGCUUACUUUCCUGGGUUCAACCUUGAAAGUUGUUUGAUGUGUUUGCUUGUCCUCGUCUUCCUCUUGAUGCUCCUUUCAGCAUACUGCAUUUGCUGCGUAAUCUCUCAGAGCAAAGGUAUGAUUCAUGGUACAUUUAGGCUUCCUGGCAGACGCUGUUGCUGAAUAGGACAACACAUGAAAUAAACAUGCCAGCUGCUCCAAACUGAAUGAUAAUCCGGCUCUCAUACUGAGAAGUUAACAAAAACAACAAAAGUCUUUGUCCGUAAAUGAGUCUGAGUCCUCCUUUCUAUCUUCAGAGUCUGGUUACAGGUCCAAUUCAUAGCCAUCAGCUUAAGUCUUUGUUGAAUUGUGAAUCUUGAGGAUUUAGACUUGCAAGUCCAAGUUUCGGAGAGUACUCUGUCAGUGGUUACAUCUGGUUUACAAUGCAGAGAGAGCUUACAGGCAGCACAGAAGAACAGUGAUCUGGUGGUAGGAGACAGUUUAAGUUGACCUAAAAGAAGAUCUGGGAUGGCUGGAGCAGAGCUUACAUAACUUGCAUUUCCUCUAAGUGAUGUUGAUUAAUGGAUGUGAAGCAUUUAAAGAAAUGACAUCAGAGUGAGAAAAGAUACUGAUGUAGGCGCCGGAUUCCCAUGCAAAAUGAACAAGAUGCCCCGAGGCUGUGCUCAUUUCUGAGGAAAGGAUGUCUCUUGAAUAUACACUGAGCUCAAACGCCUGUUGACAGUGUUGACAAAUACUCUGACAGCAGAGAAAUAAUCUUUAAUCUUCAUGCAUCAUUAAUCAGCUGUUACUGAAUCACAAUGCUUAAACUGCAUUAACCCUGCACCUGAGCUUUCUCUGCAGAAACAGCUAAAUCAUCCGCAGUUUACAGCUGCCUGGCAUCGUGCACGGAUCAGUGAUGUCCGAUUUUUUGGCCCGCUGUGAAUUUAAAAGGUCAAAGAAUUUGCUGUAGGCUUUUACUUAAAAAAAAAAAAAAAACGAAACUGGCAACUGAUCAGGCUUGAUAAAUUAAGCAGAUUUACAUGUUUAAAACACUGCACAUUGGCUAAAUGCCUGGUUUCUGCAAAGAAAAUUGUGUAUUUUGUCCUGCAUGCUCUCCACCUGGGUUGAACUUGUUAACCUUUACCAAAGAAUCUUUUUACACACAUUUUUCAGCCAUUACACAACAGAUUUUUGUGUGUCGUGCGGUCCAAUGCAGAACCAGGAGAAACAGGACAUAAAUAAGUGAUUUUCACGGCUGCAAAGAGGGAACCAAGCGACAUGCUGGAGAGGAGAGAAACUAUUUGGCUGCUCAUGAAUAAUUAAUCUUAUAAUGAAAGGCUAAUUUCUUUAAUCUGAACUGAGGAGAUUUAUGAGACACAGACUGAAGAGGAGCCUCAGAGCUGAUGUGUCUGAAGUCUGCAGCUUUGGUUCAUGACCUGCUGGGCUGAGAUAGGUCUGAAAAACAGCAGAAUCUUAAGAAAGAGGCUUACCCUAUUUCAAGAAAACCUGGGUUAAGUCAUCAAAGCAGUAAUAAAAGUGGGUGCCAAAUCAAAGUCUGGAAAACACCUUGAAGGUAGUUUAAUUCCUGCACUCUAAGGUUUUACCCUUUAAUUUUUUUCAUUAUUAGCUCAACAGAAGAGAGAGAGAAUCGAGGCCUAUAGAGAGUUUAAAGGGGUUGAAAUGAGUCCAAGUACAGAGAAGUCAGCUAAACAACCCAACUCUUCACUAAAUACAUUACUUCAGUGAAUACUUACAAAUGGUUUUAUUGUCUCAUGAAGACACAAAUUAUGUUAAAAGCACAGUAUCUCACUGAUUGAGAGAUCACAGCAGAGUCUCAUCGAGUCAGUGUUCUGCUGAGUCAAAGACACGCCAUAGAUUUAGUUUAAAGCUCCUGUGAGGAGUUAUUUGACAUUGAUUUAAUAGACUGGAUUUCAUAUUGAUGCUUUUUUAUGAUAUACAGAAACAAACAAGGCAGUCACUGACAAGACUGCCAAUUUUUUAUACUGUCAUUUUUUAAGCCUGAAACGGGCAUCAAUAAAUGAUCCUUUAGACUGUGAGAAGUCAGCAGGAUGACAUUUCUGUGUCUGACGACACUUCUUAAGCAUGCGAAGGACAAGAUAAACAAAGUCUGCUUCAUCUACAGGGAGCACGAAAAUUGACACAAUUUUACAGGAGCUUCAAAGACCGUUUUUAACAGGACAAAAUAAGCAUAAGCAAGACAAAACCUGGUACCUUUUAUAAAUACAAAUUUGUCAAAGCAAAAGUGCACAGAUGUUAGGUAGACUCCCCAUAUUUAAUGACUCACCUGUUACUGUUGAACACUUUAUAUUAGACACUCUACAUAGAAGUGCAAGAAGUCUUUAUACUUUUUAAAAUGAGUAGAGGAAGACUGUCUGGUUUUUAAAAGACCAGUUUUUAAAAAAAAUUGCACUGAUGUCUUAAAAACCUUACUUUUCAGUAAAAUAAGUUACGCAUCAGGGGUUUCUUCAAAGGAGAUUUAAAGCUUCUAAAAUGGAAUUAAAAUCCUUCACAAAGCUGCUAAUUUCAUCCAUAAAGUUUUCACAAGACCUGUAAACUCUAUAUAAACCCAUGCAAAUAAAAUCUGUCUCAUCAGCAGGUCAGUUUACAGCUGCUCAGGAACAGCAGUGUGCACAAAGUUCAGCUACUUUUUUUGUUGUGUGUGUGUUGUGCUCAUGUCAGUUUUUAGGAUGUACCUCAAGAGUCAAUAGUAGGCUUUUAUUUUGAAAUUUUUACUUUUAAAUUUUAAUAGAGUAAAAUGUCAUCACUUUUAAACAGGCUAAAAUCUGUUGGAUUUAAAAACAGCUGCAGUUUUUUUAAUAAUCAGUGAGAAAAUUGAUUGAGACACUAUAAAAGUCAGAACAUCAUUUUCACCAUCCCACAGUAACGUCCUUUGUACAAAAAAUGAGGCCAACAUGGCGCCAACGUGUCAGACAAAGGCUUUGUUAGAGAGAGAGAAGGAGAGAGGGAGAGAGAGAGAGAGAGAGAGAGAGAGAGAGGGGAACGGUGGACAGCAGAUUAACAUCCUCUCUCUUGCUGCAGAAACAGAGAUGUAAUCCGUCCAUCCUCCCAGUGGAGAGAUGGACGGAUUAUAGAGACAGAAACACACACACACACACACACACACACACACACACACACACACACACACACACACACACACACACACACACACACACACACACACACACACACACACACAGAGUCAUAUAAAGGCUGUAUGAUGUGUUCACUACAGGCUGGUUUUCUCCAGAAGUGAGGAAGAUUUUUUUCAUUCUUUCCUCGUAACACAAGCACACAUAAAAACUUCUGCAUCAAAAAUCUCAUUGUGAGUGAAAUGUGAUAAAAGUAAUGUUACAAAAAUAAAUUCAUAAGCAAAAAAGGUGGACAUUCAUGACAAACUGGUUAAUUCAUAAAACUAAAGUGGUAUAUGAAGAAGUUUUCAGUCGGAAUAAAUCUGUAGUUUCCUGAAGAAGAGCUUGUAAUGAUUGGCUAUAAUUGAUCUGUAUGUGAGGUAACAUAUAUCAGAGAAGUUUAAAGUUUGACUCAACAGCUGAGGACCAUUGUCUGUAGACAGUAUGGACGUGACUCCAGCUUCCGUCAUUGUACAAAUUUACAAUGUACAAAAAAAGCCAAAUAGCUCCUGGUAAUUCUUGGAAAUUGAAUAACAAUAAUAAAAAAUUUAAUUUAAAACACACUUUACAUUGUAAACCCAACCUCAAAGUGCCACCGUAGGUGCUGUUCUUGUGGAGGCUUCACACAGCAAGGAGGCAGAUGAUGCCCCUUCUAUAUACAGCAGUGGCGAUUGCGUUAAGACUGCAAGGGAAGCUCAGCUUCCCUUAAAAUGUCACCCCACCAAAAAAAAGAAAAAGUGGUGAAAUACGUACUGCUGUGUGUACAUUUCAUUAACUAAAUACGCGCUAGAAAGCCUUCAUCUUUUGUUCAGAAUCAGCCUCUUAUCACACUGUGAUAAGAAGCUGAUAAUCACAGGUAACCGGCACAACUUCGUUCUCAUUCAUCCUCGCAGCGCCUCAGUGCUUCACACAGCCGGACGCUGGGCAUCUGCAGACUUCAAUGUGGAAGCUCAAAGUGGGUUGUUCCAGACGCUCAUUGGAUAAAUGCUAGGCUUUGUCCCGCCCAUCGGACGCUCUGCGUCUCUGGAGUUCUAUGACGAGAGGGCGGUCCCGACUUUCUCGUGGACGCUGAGCUUCUGCAUCCAUGAUUAGAUGAGCUGUCUGAGGCGAAAUCCUUUUUUGAUUGACAGCUAAACAAGCGAAUCAGCGAUCUUGAAGAAUAAAACAUCUACCAGAGCAUUUUCCAAGUUAUUCAUUCUGUUGUUCUGAACUGCUCUGGAGACUUUACCGAUCCUCAGCGACUUUUGUCUUUGUUAAAAACGACUGCCAUUGUGUUUGGCGACUCUGUUCUGUUACAUACAAAUAAACAAACACAAUUAUGAUGUAGACCAGAAAAAUGAGCUUCCCCUCCUUGAAAGACCAGCAGUCGCCACUGAUAUACAGUAUACGCUGAGGACAAACAGCAAACACAGAAUUGCUCAGACUGAGUGUCAGUCUUCAGCCCCUCUUCACGACAGACUCACCUUCAAUUAUGUCUCUCAAUAUCAUAAAGUCAAGAGUUUAUUCUCAUAAAUUUACAACAGUUUGACACAUGAUAAGCACAUCAGGUAAAAUAUUGCCUCAAAACUUAAUUUAAAAUCUAGUCUGGCUGUCAAAGGAUUUUAAAAAGACUAUAGAUAAAUGUGUUUCUAUCAUAAUUUAUAGGUUAUACUUAACUUUGAAGUCUUUUUUGACACCCUUCUCUCUUGUGUCUGCCAAAGAGCUUCAGAGAUGGGGAAAAGUUCAUCAAGAAUGCAUUAUGGCUGCUAAAAGCGCCAAGAAUCAGCAUCAUUUCCCCCUGCUAUCUGCUCUGUCUCAAAGUUUAAAUCCUCAAGGACAUUGUUCUGAUGAUGUUCAGGGGUGGAGCCAGACUCUCUUACUGGGGUGGCCAAACUUUGGCUCUGACUUUCGUAAGGGUAGACUAGUCGCCAUGAUUGCUGAAAUGAUCACUGAGCAUGGCAUCAGUGUUAAAAAAUGCAGAGCAGCUACCACCAGAUCUCUGCAGAUAUUUAAAAUUUCACUCAGACUGCUUGUGGCUGUUAAUACUGUUGACUGUUUACUGUUGACUGUGACUAUAGAUGUCAUAUGCAAUAAGGUUAGUUUGCAUAGAAAUAAGCCCAUUUUGCUGCAAAUUGAUGCAUAAUUGUCCAUAUGCUAAGAGCAGCAGGGUAAAGUGACACUACUGGCUCUGCAGCACAUUUCGAGUGCAUUUAACCUUUUGUGAAUUAGAUAAUCUCUCAACUCAUUUGCACAGGUUUAGGGGGCACAAAGAUGCACAGUCCCUUUAUUAAUAGGCCCACAAUGUUGUUAACUAUGACACUGUUUUAUUCAGCUGUUUAAAUUACUUUGUCAACUUGUUACUGGAAAGAAGGAGACUUCUGCAGAUCAAAUAAUUCUGUUAUUAACUACAUGUUUCAUUUUCACAGGAGUGUUUGCUGUUGCCACAGGGGACACCAAAAUUUAUACUGAAUUUCUUCACAGGAGCUUUAAAUUCUUUCCAAGUUAAAAGAUAGUAUUGGUUUAUCAAAUCAUGUGACUGAGUUGUCAUUUCCUCAUCCACAGGUUUAUGCCAUCUUGGUCAGCCACCCUCCCCAGUCCAAUGACCACCUGACUCCAACACCUGUCUCAUACACUGCUGGUUUCUACCGGAUCCCUGUGAUCGGCCUUACGACACGCAUGUCUAUCUAUUCUGACAAGGUAACAUUUUUAUGAUAUUUGCAGCUGCUUCCUGAGUCAAACAGGACCAAGUUGGUAUUUUAAACUCCUCUUGACUUUGAUUUUCUAAAAGUUAAGCUGUUCAGCUUUUGUGGAGGUUCCGCAUCCUUUCAGAUUCCAGCCUCUUCGCAGUGAUCUAAGUGGCUAGAGAUACUACAACAACGAGGCACUGCUCUGAUUGGCUGCCUGAACGUUGUCUGAGGGAGAAGGGCGCGGCGCUUCCGUUCCGCGUGCGGCGCUUCCUGUGUGAACCAGGCGUAAGGCUGCUGCUGCUCCACUGCAGAAUGUCACUCUGGGCUGAGAAUUAGAGAGAAUGAGCCGCAUGUCCUCUGCUCCCUUUAGUUAGUGAACGCAACUGUUCCUUCAGUGCUAUCGUAGCUUGUCAGGGAUUGAUCCUGUUAUUUUUCUAACUUUGACAAUCUAACAUGUGACAACAUAUGAGCUCAGAGUUUAAGGACUGUGACUGUUAGUAGUUGUGAUUUGAUUUUGUUUAAAUAUGCCAAAUUGUGAAUUUAUGGGUUAUUGUUGUUCAGACAAUUGAGCUAAGCUAGCUAGCAACUGCUAGUGUCAGUGGUCACGUGUUGCCAUAGCAACAAGUGACGCCAUGCUUCCUCUACCCAGGAUGCAAUGCGUAUAGCGUCAUUACAUACAUUUGGUCCUGUGUUUGGUCCGGUGAGCUUUCGCACUGCAUACGAACUGAACCAGGGUUCACUUGCAAGCGAACCGAGACCCACGUUUUCAGGCUGACCAGAGUUCUCUUGUUUGGUCCGCACCAGAGUUCGGAUGAGCUUUCACACCUGCCCAAACGAAGCGGACUAUCCAAGGAAACAAACUCUGGUCCGUUUAAAGCGGACCAAACAGCUCUGGUGUAAAGCGACCUUAGUGACAGGCUGAUUACAUGGAGAUAAAUAGAAAAGAUAAAUCCUUAGAUGGUGCCUCUAAGCUACAGUAGAACAACUUUCUGGUCAUUCAAAAAUAUAUUCGAUUUUUAUUGGAUGGAAAACAUGAUAGUAUGUAACUUUUGAGCUGUUAUGAGUGAUAAUUAAGAUGGAUAUUUUAAAAUAGGUCUAGACCCUCUCUUUGGGAACCUCCCCCUUAUCAUGCCUUGAGUUACUGUUAACACUGUAUUUAAAUGGAAUAACAAGAGGUAUACCACUUCUAGUGCACAGGGUUUUUAUUUUGUUUUCUUGGUAUUGAACAAGCUUUGAUUAUCUUCUGUUGAAGUGCUGGUACUGUAACAGCCCAUAUCCAAUGAAUUAGUCCUGUCACUCAUUCUGAUGCCCUUGGAUCACUUUCUAAGAGAGAGAGUACAAAGAGGUGCUCUGAUUUAUUCAAACAUGAAACAAAGGCCUCUGUUUUAAGCUGAUAGAGAGCAUCAGCAGAUCUUCUCUUUAGAACAGGGUGUACUUGAUGAAAUCUGGUGUCACGUCCAUGGCAGGUGUUUGUUAGGAGUCUUUUCAGGCUCUGCUGAGUGCAGGUUGUGGAAUAUUUAGUCCAGUUUGUCCCAGUUCAGAGACACUCUUAGCUGUAUGACUGAACUGGAAACCACUCAGACUCUUUCUCAGCUUUACAAUAUUGAUGAAAUAAUCCAGAGUGUUAUCAGUCUCAGAAUAUCUCAGCACUUCCAGCCUGCAGCGCUCCACUUUCUCUCCAGUUAAUUCUUCAGGAUUUGGACAAGUGAUGAAAUAUUUACAUAUUUAUUGGUCAGGGUUUUAGAUGAAGUCAGAGAGGUUUAUCUAAACAAUUCAAAGUGCAUGACAUAUACAUCCAUUUAGGGUGUGUCCGCCUGUCUUGUCCUGGUUACAUUGUGCACAGUCUGGGUAAAAAGUAGGAGCAAAGCAGAAGGAGAAUGAAUUUGGACCCUUAUUUAAUCACAGGCUUGUUCUGAGUGUAAAUCCUUUUAGCUAAAAAUUUGCUGGUGCAGAUCUUGUUAUAAGUCUGCCUCACCCGUGGUUGCACAGUUGUGUGCAGGUACAUUUACUGCUUACCCAAUGUGGGCGCUGAAAAUGUCAUAUGAUGGAAACUAACUAUGACAGUUGCAUUGCCUUGCACACCAAUUUGUAGUAGUGUAAUAAGGCCCACAGUGUUUGAUUUUUCACACCAGCAGCAGCUGCUCGCUCUGAUUCUGUCGCCUAACUGAGAUAUUAAAAGGUGAAAGGGUCAAGUCACAAAUUAGAAACAAAGCAGAAUAAGACCUUCCCUGUCUUCCCCCUGGUGGUAUCUGUCCAUCAUGCACUUAGUCCUAGUUUCAUUUGGCAUGUCACUUUUAUUUAUACAGCCUGAAUCACAUGACAAAUCCCCCUCUGAGGGUUUCACACAGACUCUUCUGUCCUCACAGAAAUCUCUGUUUUACGGCUGUGUUGCGUAGCUCUCUGCUGUACUUGUACAAUUUAUAUAUCUAGAAAAGAGCAACCUUAGUGCAUGACAGAAAAUAGAAAGAUAAAAGCAUGUAAGAAACAGGUGUUUGUUUCAUGAAGAAAUGUCUUCUCCAACGAAAAGACAUUUCUUCUCCCCUUAACUUGCCUGAUUUGCCCCAAUUUGACUGACAGUGUUUGGUUAUUUUCAAGUUAUCCAUAAACAUUGUGAUAAUGUCCUUAUCACAGUACUUUACUAAUGUUAAUUGUGAGGUGAAAAUCUGAUACCUGACAGCCGUAACAUCUAUAAAGUUUGAAUAAAGCUGUAAUUUUACCUAAACAGAAUAUUUCAGAACUCCUUCCGUACCUGGCAUUUUAGUUUUACAGAGUGCAACGUGUUCCACCUGUUAACAUAGAGGAGGUGGGCUCAGUGACAUGCAGCUACUAAUAAGAGGAGCUCCAAAUGUUAUACCUGUCAUGUCAUUCAUCUUUUUGUAUACAUGGUCUACCCCCUCACAGAACUCUAUUUUAAACAAACUAUUUUUUCACUUCUGUAAUGUCUCCUUAAACAACGGUUUUUGAUUCUAAGCUGCAUUGUUGUUUUUUUCCUGCAGAGCAUCCACCUGUCGUUUCUGAGGACAGUGCCUCCGUACUCCCACCAGGCUCACGUCUGGUUUGACCUGAUGAGAGAGUUCAGGUGGAACCACAUCAUCCUGAUUGUCAGCGACGACCACGAAGGCCGAGCUGCCCAGAAGAGACUGGAGACGCUGUUGGAGGAGAGAGAGACCAAGGUCAGCUAUGUACACACACACACACACACACACACACACACACACACACACACACACACACACACACACACACACACGAACGGACACACUCACAGUCAGUGUGAUGACACGUGUGUGCUGCAGGUCAUGUCUGUUUAUGUAACUAUGUGUUGUUCUAAUCCAGGUGCCAGUGUUUUGUCUCAUCAGUUCAUUCCUCCAUCCAUCAGACAGCAGCUUCACUUUUAUUAAACACAGGGAGCUCAGAGCUAUCUGCAAAAAUUACACAAAGAGCACCUCCUAUUAAUCGCCUUUAAGACAUAAUCCUCAGAUCUCGCAUCUGAUGCCAUAGUAAAGACCAGUGUUAUUUAUCUGAGGGAAACUGAGGGAAUGACUUGAAUGUUUAUUGUAAACUAACUGAAGAGCUGGUCACAGUAGACAAACAUAGAAAUGUGAGGUCAUUGGAGCCAAACUCACUCACUCCAAGAUAGAUUUGGGUAUUUUAGUCCUAAACUCAUUUAAAAACAAGCCACAUAAAAACAUCACAAAAUGUCUGUAGCAAUUAACCUUAUGCCCCUUGAAAGGGAUGUCAAAAAAAGAAUAAAUCAGACUUUUCAAUUUUUCGCUUCUUUGAAGUCACGCUGCUCUUAUGAUUGACAGGAAAUCUAGGCAUCCUCUCAUAAUGGAGGCAUGUUGAUCAUAACAGAAGAAAAGAACAUGAAGUGAGCUCAAAGCAGUACAAAACUUCAAUGGGUUACUAACACACAACUUCACAUGAACUGCGUUGUUUGAAUCUCUAAUACAUCAUUAGGACUUGUGAGGUUGUGGUAUUGACAAACAGUCUCCUUAAUGUCCCCAAUCUGGGACUGUGUGUAUGUUGAAUCUCCUCGCGCAAAUUAAUUCACUUUUUAAAUAUGAGAUGAUUGUGAAAUUCAGUGUCUCUUUGAUUAAACAGAUACUAAAGGCAGAAAACAACUUUUGGUGCACAAACUUCAUAGUCCCAGAAAUACUGGUUAUUCCUAAAACAUGUGUUUUUAUGGUGCUGUACCAUAGACUGUAUGUAGAAUGGACAGAGUCUGCCUCCUCGCUGGGUGAAGCCACUCUGAGAACAGCACCCUCUGUUGACGGGCUGCAGUAUAGGUCAUAAAUCCCGCCUCCGCCAGCAAGCUUAUGGAGCUGUGGACAAACUUUAGAAAUUUAUUACACAGAACAUACAUUUUUCUCCCCCCUGGUUGUGAUGUUGACAUGUAGUUACUGUAAGACUGGUUUGUGCUCAAGUCCUCUUUUUUUCUGUGAAGCUCCGUUUUUAAAAGUUAUUUGGGGGUUUAAAGUUUUCUAUGAUUGACAUCUGAUACAGCCUAUGGGCGUUCAGGGAUUGCGUAGCUCACCCCGGGGGACACGCUGUUUGAGCCGAGCGUCAUCACAGUGACUCUCCGCGACUGUGCGGCCGAAUGCGCGCAUCACUACUGCGCAGCUCUGGUUUCAGGAAAUGAAGAAAAAUCCCCGAAAUACGGAGAGCUAUUUGGCUUCAAAUCCGUAUACAGGCAGUAGGCAGAACCAAGUUGUCCAUAGUAUAUACAGUUUAUGUGCUGUACCUGGUUGUUAAAAUGAGAUGCUAAGGGUACAAAAUGACUGAUUUCCUGGUUGGGAAGUUUAAGUCCCAAUGAACCAACCAACAAGUAUUAAGAUAUGCUCAGAAAACAGUCAAAAUUGAGUACAAUUUAUUUAACAUGACUAAACACAGGAGUGCAGGGUCUGAGUGUGUGAAAUACAGCGUGGCUCAUGUUAGCAGAGCGAGCACCAUCAGUCCUCUUUGCAGGUUAAUGUCCACAUGCCUGUGCUGAUUAUAAAAAAAUGUAACUCCAUCUACUGUUGAUCCUUCAGCAAAGGUUUGAGCCCACCUCUGUACAACUUAGUUUCUCUAAGAUCAAAUACUGCCAAACGGGGUUGCUCUAAAAAAUGCCAUCUGUCAUCUGUGUUUGACAUCCAGGUUGUAGUGCAUUGCAGCAGAGGCUUAACUGAGCACCAACUUUGGCAGGUAGCAGCUCUAGGGCUUGGGUCAUACACAUGACCAGCAUUUCGGAUCUGCAACAAUGAACAUUUUGAUGGUUACCGACAAGUAACUGUGGUGCCAACUAGCAGAUAUUAAUUCCUUUAUUCAGAUCCCCAAUAUCUGCUACUAAUGCAGCUGUUACUCUUAAGAGAGUCACAUGACAUAGAAAGUAUACAAAAAAAUUCAACCAAAAAUCUCAUACAACCAACAUAAACUACAUAUGCAUAUUGCCAAGUUGCACAACAAUAGCUCAAAUUAUAUUACAAGCACUACUGCAUUUGGCUGUCUGUUCAGACCUUUUGUUGGCUGUCAAGGUAGCCCUGAGUGCCUCUUCCAAAACUGCCAUAUUUUCAUGCCUGAAAAAGGCAAUGACCUCAAAUUGUAUGCUUUACUGCAACCAGAGGGGGGACCUUUAGUGGUAUGGGGUGCCCACAUGCUGGUCCCAGUUUCAGUUCAACUUCUUGUAAGACUUUUGGCAUGACUGCUUCUAAAUUGGUCAAAAACUUCAAGCCUGCAGGAACUGUUUUAGUUUGAACAACCUCUGUGUGUGAAAAAAAUGUGCAUGUCCCUGUAAACCAUAUUCACCAGUGUGCCGGGGUCUUAUGAGGCAAAUACAUUCAAAGUGGCUAAAUUCAGAAACAAGCCAUAAACACAGAAAUAUUAUGCAAUUUUAGGCUGUGAAUAGGGUCGGGAUGUCAGGCAAAUCUCAUUACAUGACCAAUGGUAGAGACGAAGAGAUUUAGUGUUGAUAGAAAAUAUCUGGCUCAUAAAAACAGAAAUUCAGGCCUGAAGAAAGGACUUUUUUCUCCUCUGCAUUAUUUGGCUCCGUGGUUCAUAAGAUUAUCUGUGAGGCUGCACCAGUGAUUGCAGAACUGAAGCUGCUCUCUGCUCAUCCCUCCAUCAUCCUCCUGGCUUGUAUAUACUUCAAACAGCUUCUCUUUCAUCACUUUCUUUUCUCCUUCUCUGUUCUUUUUUGAAUCUCCACCAAGUAUUUUGGGUGUCGAAUCUGUGCAGCUUGUUAGUCAGGAGGAUACGUGAGGAUUUUGUUCUGAUGUUUACAUGGAUCCUAAAGAAACUUGUUUACUCAGAUUUGUGUUAUUCAAACAGAUUUCAUGUUUCACCUCCGGAGUCUUUUUCUUUGUUUGUGGAUCACUGAAUUACCCAGCUUUUGAUGUUGAUUUUUUAAAAACCAGUCUGGAGUUUCUGUUUGCCAAAGUUGAAGCUGUUUUAAAAGCAACAUUUCCCUAAAUUCAGCUUGCUAUGAGGCAGUUUGUUGACAAAAUUAUAUACCAGAACAGUUUUUUGCAACACUGGUAUGAUCUUUUGGUGUGGUUAUUACAGUUUAGUCUUUCUCAUGGAGACAGAAUGACACAACACUGGACACUAAAAUGAACAAAUAAUAUUGAACAGACAGAGGAAAAAAAUGUUACAACACACCAACUUCCUCCAGUCUCUCCAUCUAUCAAUCCAAAUGUCUGUGUAUUGAUCAACCUCUAUGAUCUAUGUGUCUAUUUCUUCAAUAAUUAUUUGGACACAAAUACUCAUACAUACACACACAGAUCAAAAGCAAUGUCAUUUUUGUGUAGUUCAUAUCAAAAGUACUUUUAUUUUUAGGCAAUAAAUUUGCAUGGUACCAAUGUUAUGAGGAUUAUCAAGCCAUGGGGUUGAAAUUUUUAUGAUUUCAGUCAAUCCAGCCUCCAUCCACUAACCUGCAAAAACAAGUUUUUGACGCUAACAAGUUUGUACUACGGUGUGAAUAUUUUCACUUCUUUUUUUACCCUCUUCAUUCCAAUUGAUCUGCCUCUGCAACGCUUGUUUAUUUUGGGUUUGUCGAAUCCAAAAUAAAACUGAAAUCUGGGCACGGAGGAAGUUAAUGCCCAGAUUUUUGUGGACCAAUACAAACAAUUGAACAGGCCAUCACACUGUUAGCCUCACAGAGCCACAAGGCAGUUAAACAGAGUUUGUGAGGAGGCUGUGUGCACCCCUGGGUUUUGUUUUGUUUUUUUCACACAGCAUACUGCAAAAAUGAUUUUAUUGAGACAUUUGAAGAGCAAUUUUUCAAAAGCUUUCUGGGCUGAAAACGAUAAACACCCAUCCACCUGCAGAAACUUUGCAGAUAACAAAGUGGCUUAUUGGUCCAUUUUAUACAACUGAAGCAGUUGUGUUGUGCAUUAGUUCCAUUUGGUGGGGUAAUCACCAUUCAUCUGGCAGAUAUUAAAAGAUGAAGUGCAUUUACAUGGACUGAGGUAUCCUGGCUAUGAACCUUAUCCUGUUUUUUUUUUCUUUUGUAUUCCGGUUAUGGUGUUUACAUGCACAUGGAGAAACAUGUUUUUGGUGGUUUGUGCUCUAUUCAUCCAUUCAGUGGAUGUGAUCUGAGUCACAUGUAUACCUUCUAUUGCCAGCUUUCCUAACUUUAGCAUGUUCUUCAUCUCAGGGCAUGGAUUGGCAGAUGUGUACAGACAGAGCAGAUUCAGAGAGAAUUAUAUCAUAUUGAAGCUAGUACCGUACUGACUCGAAUGUGAGACUGUCUUUUUCCUGGACAUGCAUCUGAAAAACAGGGACUCAUCCUAUACUUGAGGUUCGGUUAUUGGUAGGGUACAAUAGGGCAACUUCUCAUGAAAUCCUCUCACUUUGCGAGACCGGCAGCUUUGAAAGGAUGCCUCCAUGAUCUGCAGGGGCUUUUCUAUCUCACAGAGAAGAUCAAUGUAUUUCAGACUGUCUUCAUCGAAAACUUAGAAAACGAAGUCAUCUGAGAGGAUGUGUGUGUACAUUUCAGAGAAAGAAUGCCAUUUUGUUGUUAGGUGACUGUGCUAUACAGAAGAUGACACCUUUGUUUUGGUCUGUAUCUGUGGUCAACUGACCUUUAGAGGUCCAGUAAGAAGCCAGGGCAGCCUAAAACAGACAUCACAGUCUACUAAAAGUAUAGAAAUAGAAUAAGAUAGAAGUGUUUUUAAGGAUUCAUGGAUCUGUGCUCUCUCUGUGCACUAAUACCUGGGUACUUUAUUUACACGUGAUUAUUUUUUACUUAAUUUCACUGCGACAGUUUUAUUUUAAGAUGCUGGAAACAUUUUAUUUUAAAGGUACAGAAAAUAUCAACUGACCUUGUUUUAUUUGAUGUCUCAGGUUUAUGUUUUGGAUUUGGUCUUCAAAAACCCAUUCUAAAACCCGUCUCGUAUGAAGAAGGGUUGUCUUAUAAGUGGGUCAAUACGGUAGUAGCAAAACUGAAAAUACUGCAAUACACAAGUGGGCAUUGAACUGAGGAUACAAAACCAGGGGGUUCAAUACUACAUCAAUAAUGUAUGCCUGAUUUUCAGUCUUGUCUCAUUUGACUUUAGAGGUUUCCUGUUAUUCUAGACAGGAUUAAAGAUUACAAGAUGAACAAAUGUGUCCUAAAAGUGAUCAAAGAAUUGAGUUAUCUGGAUAAAGUGGAUUAUAUAAGCCUAAAAAAAAGCAUGACAGCCAUAUUUCCAAGGCCUUUCUUGCAAAUACAGAAAUAAAGUGGCAAGAGUGUGUCAGUGAGUCUGCUCAGUGAAACAUGGUGGGAGGUUUAAAAUCAGGCCAAAGAACAAGUGAAUAUUUUCACAGUUUUCUCCUGCAAAUCUUCUGGGUGAAAACACCCAGUCAUGUAUCACUUAAUCAUCGUAUUUUGCAAUUUAUUACACUUCUUAACAUAUUUCUGUUAAAUAUGUUCUGUUGAAGUCAUUUCUAGCAGUCUUGGUGGAGGUUUUGUUUUUCUCUCUUUUUCUCUGCUGCUUUCAGUUUUGAUUUAGCUUCUUCACCCGUUGGAUUUUUCUUUUUGCGAGUUAAAAACCACUUGAUUUGUCCUCCUUUGCUUUCUCUCUCUCUGUCUUUCUUUCUGUCCAUGUCAUCUUUCGAUUCUUCACCCCCGUCUGUUGUCUGGUUUCUCAUCACCUCGACUCUGAAGGAGCUUGGAGUCGGAGACGUGCAAACACAUCUCAGCUGCUUCUGUCUCAGCUGUCGACCCGCCUCACUGUUAAACUGUCUCUCUGCCUGUCUAUCCACACGUCUGCAGGCGGAGAGCUGUUAGAUCAGCUUGAUUACCCCUUUAAUAUCUGAAAGUAUGAGAGCGCAGGUGUUUCUACCUUUGAAGAAUAGAGAUGGCUCAACAAGGUUCAGUGUAGAUAUGCCAAUGUUUAUAUUGCUGAUUUAUUUCAGUGGAGGUAGUGUCACUAGAUUUAAGUGAUGUGAUGCAAGUCAAAGUCCUGCUUUCAAGGUGUUCAAGUAUUGGACUUUGGCCCGAUUUCACAGUUUAAGUUUAAUAGCUACAGAAAGUUUUAGGAUGACUCCAUUAGACGUCUUAAGUUUGCAGCUGCACACAGGCUGUAGGGAACAAACGAGUCUUACACAUUCACACAUCUACACAGUACGUUCAUGCUUUUGCCACCGACAGGCAAAAUGAACUUCAAGUGUCUGACAACUUGGAUGGACCACAAACAGCCGUGUCAUGGUUUACAGGGAUUUACUUCUCAGAACACAGGAAGUGGUGGUUUACCAUGUCUUCUAUUGGUUCAUUUUUUGGGUUAUUGUAUGAUUUGCUUUGCCUUUGCUAUCCCUUUGCAACACAACAUUUGCUUAGACUAUUAAUCAAGCAUGUCAAGGCUGCUUUAAUCUCUGUGUGGGUCUCAAAUUUGGUAUGACCAAGAAAUUUACUGUGAAAUCUGAGUGUUUAUUUUGUGAUAUCACAUUGCUUUUGAUCUGAACACACCUUAUCUUUAAGUAUACAAGUACCAAAGAAGUGCCUUGGAAUCAAACCAACAUUACAAAGAGGGGUAGGGUAAUGAUGGUGAAGAAAAUUGUUGCAGAUAUCCAUUUAUAUAGGUGAUGUACUUUAGUGACCAAUUCCAACACACCCUAGAAAACACUCUGGGAACUUCCAGACUUGUGUACAGUCUAUUAAACUGCUGGGAUCACCGAGUCUACAGGUAAACAGUAUCUCAACAAAUUUAUUGAGAGUGGCUAAUAAUAGCAGAGCUAGCACCAGCAGCCUUUGGUCAUCCUCAUAGAUUCAUGUCCACAUGCUGGUGCUGGUUACUCAUCGCUGUGGUUCAGGUUAGAGCCUUUAAAACUCAAAUAAGAUUCACCCCAAAGAUCAAAGGACUACAAAAUACAAACAGGGCUGACUUUAUUGCACCAGAAUGGACCAGAAUGGAAAUAUCUCUUGUCUUUUGAGAAUGUGGAUGCCUGGUUAACACAGACACACAUUUCUUUAUUGUGGCAUUAACAGGCCCAACCUUUGUCUUACACUAGAAAAGCAAACAUGACUACAGUUGAGGCUCAUAGACCAGAUGAUACAAGCCUGAUUCAAACAUUAACGGCUGCUUUUUAUGAAGCCAGUUGGUUUAUGCUGCAACUGAGUAUUUUGUAGAAAUAGUUUGUUGUUACUUCUGCCAGUCGGGACGACUUAACAUAACUUAAUAAUUAAAAGUCAUCUGCUUUAAAAGCUGCCACCAGUUUAACAAGUGGGCUGAACAAAUUAAUAUCUUUUGAAGGACUGAAAUGCUGGUCAGAUGUUAUGUCAGCCAUCCUGCACCAGCUGGGGCUAUAGCUCUGGUUAAUGGCUGUCAGCAUUAACUUGUAAUGCUCUCCUAUCUGGAUGUAAACAAACCCAGAUGAUGGAUGGCAUCUCAUAGCGCAGAGCAGUUUGUCCAUGUUUGCUGUGUCUGGUCCACACGGACACGUGGACCUGCAGGAAGGCUGGGGGUGCUAGAUCUUCUGGCUGUAGACACACUAAACAAACCAAUUUGUCUUCUUUUUCCUACACGCUAUGGGUUAUCAUGUAUAAAUGGCCUUAAUCUUGGCAUUGUAACCGUAAUUCACAGCUCUCUGUUAGUGGUGCAGAUUUAAGAUCAUUUUUUACAUAAAGAUGCAUUGAAGUACAAGAUACUUUAAACAGAGUAUAAUUAAAGUAUGCACAUUUAAAGUAAGCAAUUUUUAAGCCAUUUGUAGAGAAUAUUCCUACACUGUAUGAGUUUGUGCAGCUGAUAAAUAACUGAUGAAUAAACAACCUCCAAGCUGUAAAAACAGUGUGUAUUAAUUCAGUCCUCCCGCUGCGAGCUCGUCUCCAACCAGCCAGGGAAAAAAACAACCUGUGAGUUCAGCUCCUACUGCUGCGCUCUCUUGAAAGUGAGUGUGAAACCAUGUUCUCCUUUAUAUUUAUUUAUUUUUAAACAUUUCCUACGUAGGAAUUUGUUUCUGUAAGAGCUUCUGUGAAGACACGUCUUGCAAAGUUUGUUUGUACAGCACAUUCAACAAGGCAUUUCACAAUGCUUUUACAGAAGACAGAGGAGAAACAGCAGACAGUUUAAGAAGACAGGAGAUAGAAUGAGAAAAGAGGAUGAAAAGGACAAGUGUUUGGAUGAAAAUAUGCACAUAUUUUGUGAUUCUACAACAUUAAUUACCUCUGAAUCUGUCAAACACAUUGAAAUGAAAACAUAAAUCUUUAAACUGCAUGCUCUUAAUCUGACAGCAAGAGUAAUUCAUCAGAGAGCAUGCAUUAUUGAUGAUGCAUGGUAAGUAGUAAAUUCUAAGCAAAAUUUAUCAGCCAUCAUUGUCAUUCACUGAGCACUUUAUAAAUCAUAUUCUCUGGUGCUGAAACUGAAUUAAAGACAACAGUCUGCAGGAAAACAGCCCUGGCUCCACAGCAAAUUAAACUCAGUGAAGCACGCUGGAAGGAAAAAUAAAAAUGGAUCUCAGAUGAGAUGAAUAAAAGUUUAGAAAAAGUUAAAAUGUUACUUCCCAUCUCACAGAGGAGCCACAGUGGGGCUCAUGAAUGUUAGAGGAGAGUCAUGAAUAUUACAGCGCAUUAGUUAAAGUAGGUGAACAGGACUGCAGCCUGCGUGUUAUGUCUGAAUUAAACAUCUAUCUGAUGUGAUUCAUUAUGAAAUAAAGAUGAAUACCACAGAAGACCGUUGUACAGUUACACUUGAUGAUACUGUAUGGAGACAGUAGAGGAAAUUACCAGCUUCACUCUGGCUCUGCAAAGACCUAAACUUACCAUGCUAACCUUUUAUUCAAUUUAUUGUACGUCAGUUAAUCUUGAUUUUCAUUUCAAGUUUGUUUAUUUGACAGUAGGCUAACAUACGGAACAGAUAGCAAACAAUGUUGCCCAUCAUUGUCAAUAAUCACCUGAGUUUGAUACUUUAUUCUGAUUGGUCAAAGUUCCAUAAUAACGGUUAAAUAAGUUUAAUCAGUGAGAGCAAAACCACAGACUAAAUCACAGGCUUCAGGUCAGAUCAACCUACGGAAAGGAGUCUGAUACCUGAAAGUUUAUAAACUCAUAUCUGCCUGUUGACCAUGAGGCAAAAAAACGCAACAAAACAAAACAAAACAAAACAAACAAAACAAAACAAAACAAAACAAAACAAAACAAAACAAAACAAAACAAAACAAAACAAAACAAAACAAAAUAAAACAAAAUAAAGCAAAACAAAACAACUGCAGUUUCUGGCAGAGAAAAGACAGAGAAAAGAUUGCAGAACUACUUAGGGAUGAGUUAAUCAGUAAAAGACAGAAAGAAAGAAAGAAAGAAAGAAAGAAAGAGACAUCUAGCAAAUCAAAGAAAACAGGAAAGUUUCACCUCAUACAAGUGUUGCUGUUAUUUUCUGAACGUGUUAAAAACAACAUUGGCAGUAAGUUAUCUCAGAACAGUAGAGUAGACUUGUGUCAAGACAUCAACAUUGAUAAAUAUUUUCAGUUCAAUGUUAAUUCAACCUGCAGGUAGGCUGUUAAGAACACCAGUGUCAUGGAGGGUGACCUUGGCCACCGUUCGUUGCAGCUGAUGGACUAUUUUUAACCUGGAUAAAUGAAUAAAUGUGUAUAAAUCCCUAUAGUCAAAUUGUUUGUAGUUUUAGUUGGUAUAGGUAGUAAGCUGCAGUGGGUAAUAACUAGCUAUGUAUACUUGAGAACUGUUCUUGAAUACAGUUCAAGGAUUUUUAAGUGUCUUUACUCGACUUUUAUUCAUAACUUAUAAUUUUUCACUAGUAUCAUAAUUUUGUUUCCACUACAAUUCUAUAUUGUUAUGGUAAGUUUUAUGCUGAUGGUUAUUUAAAACUUUUCUGAGGUCAAAUUAAUCAAACGGCCAACUGUGUUUGUGCAGUUCUGCAUGUAGUUUGUCCAAAUAGUGUUGCUGCAUCUGUACAUCAUGUCUUUUCAUGAUUGAUUGUUGGCAAACCCAGUGCGUAAAACACACAUCUAAUGUGAUAGCAUUGAACUGAUUCUCCUUGUGGUUUACAUCUGUGGCUCGACAGCUCACAGCGUGUUAGCUUAGCUCAGACUUAAAUGUGGUGUCCUGCUGUGUUUUGAUGAUGUUUCUGAUAUGGAAAUAUUAGGAUUUAGCUUCAAUUCCAUGUAUAGUUUUUCUGUCAAAUUUUUCCACAAGUUCAGUCAGGAAGACAGUUCCUUUGACUGAAAUGUGGUCCUAUUUCAGGGGUAUACAUCACAUAAUAUUUGUGUUUGCAGACAAUAAAAACUACACAGACUUCAUAGCCGGAGCACAUUAUCAGGUUCAAACACAGACAUGGUGAGAAAAGCUUCAUGUGUUUGAGCAUGCUGUUUGGGGACUUUACGUCAGGAUGUAAAUUUAAUGAGAUUAACAUUUGGAGCGGAUUGAGUAGAGGACUAAUGGGACGCUCUGCCGCCACACUGGCUUAGCAUCAGAAGAAGCUACCAGAGAGCAAAGUCGCAGCUCAAGUCACAACGCGGUACAGACUACUUUGAUAAAAUCAAACUUGACAGAAACUGAAGCAGGUUGAUGACACCAGUGUGACUACUAACUGAGGUUUAUUUCAUUUCUAAAGCCACUGACUGACUUCAGGCUGCUGCCACAGCUUCUGCAGUGCCUUUUGUUUUUGAGCCAAGAGAUGAAGUGCAUGUCUUUGUCCUUCUUUGUGUCAGGGCACUUUGUGACCUGAAUAUCUUCUGGUGUAUUAUCAUAAUAGAGUGUGAAGUCUGACUUCAGUGUGUACAAAAAGAAAGACCUUAAACAUCUAAAGGCCAAAGUGUCUGUUCGCUAAAUUAUAUCAGUUGUGUAAGCUGCUGGUAACUGAAUCUAGUCUGACUUUCGCAAAACACAUAGCUUAGUGCUUCAACAAUUUUAUGUUUGAAGUGCUAUGUUUUUGCCAAGCUAAAGGGGCAAGAUUCAUGUGACCAUAGUUAUAGACUGAGGCUAAAGCUAACAGCUCCCUUUACUGGAGCUUUUUUCUCAGGAUACAAGAUAACAAACUGAAUCUAACGAGUCCUGCUCAUGAUGUUAUGCCAACAAAAAGAGAGAAAAGAGCGUAUAGGUCCUGGUGGAUAUGCUAAGUGCUAACAGACUAGGGGUAACGGGAUAUCAUGCAAACAAAAUGAGAGUAAGGCUCACAAGUCCCAGGUCAAUACUGUGCUAAAAGGCUGAGGCUAGAGCUAAUGGGUCUAAAGUCGUAAUAGCAUGCUAACAAACUAAGGCUGACGAUAGACACUCCCAAUCCAGCAGAGCAUACUGGCAUAAUGAAAAAGGACUCCUGGGUAUCACUGCCUACAGUAGCUCCUCCUUUCCUUUGCCUCUCUCCUCCUUCAUGCAAAUCUGAGCUCCCCAAAGUGAUAAGAGCAAAGUUUCAACCAAACUAUAGCUGGCUUUUUUUUUUUUUUUUAGAAAAGAAAACCAACAUAAACCACUAAAAACUAAAAAGUGUAGCAGCUUUAUUCUAGUGUAUAGUUUUCAGGAUUUUUUUAAACGUAAUCUGUUUGUCUUCACUUAGAGACACUGAUAGACACCAGCAAUGGCCAUGUUUUUUCAAAUAAGUAUUUCUUGAUACACUGAACUUUUUUUACGUUCCCACUGUUACAAUCCACAAGUCGCGGCUUAUACUUUGCAGGAAUAAAGCACUCAAAUGCAAGACAGAAGAUUAAACAGCAUUUUAAUAGGGCUGUUCCUCCCCCAGAGAAGUUCUGGUUUCAGGGCUGGUGAUGUGGAUAAAUCAUGAAUUUGAAAAUGAUCAAAAACUGAUAAUUUCCUUUAAAUUACUCACGUUUGUUAGUAAUGAAGUUAUGUGUUUGGAUAACCUGGUAUUUUAACAGCGCUGUUCUCCAUUAUUAAUUAGCACAUGAACUACAAAAACAUCUCUUUCCAUCUCAUCCCCUGUGCCUUUUAAAAAUCAUGUCAGUGCCUGAGCUAAUCACCAUGAUGUGGAGACUAGUUUUGGAAACUAAGCAGUUAAAGACCCACUCCGAUGAAAAUAAUGUUUUUCUUGUUGUCUGUGUGUUCAUAUGACAAUUUUAUAAUGCUACAGGAUAUAUCAUGAGAAAACUCUGAGUGAAAUUGUAUUUCUGAGUAUUUCUGCAUUCAAACUGAUGUGAACCUCUCCCAGACCCAAAGGGCAGUUUCAAAAACAGUGAGAUUUCCUAGGUCACAACUCCAAGCUCUGCCCCCAUAGCCGUGCCCUGCAGGCCAGACCCUGAGAAGCAGCGAGGAAGAUCUCAGAACAAGCAUGAGCAUUUGUAGAUUGCAAUGCUCGCAAGAAAUCUAAUUAUGAUAUUAAUUUUCAUCAUGUCCCUACAGACAUUAGUGUCAGAGAGCAGAAUAGACCCUAUGUUACCUGCAAUUUCUGCUGCACCAAUAAUGUCAGGCUGCAAACUAGCAUGAAGAGCAGCGCUGUCUCCGCCCACGACUCACAGGUGAAUUGUUAAUGAGCUACUGGAGCUCUGCAGAAGAAAAGCCCUUGAAAAUGACACAGGUAAUGUGAUUUGGGCUAAAAACUGCAUAAUGAAAAUUUCAAGAUUACUGAGAACACUUUAAGUAGUAAAAAAAAAACCAAAACAAUCGGAGCGGGACUUUAAAGCCCGCAGGUAAAACGAAACAACAGAUCGCUCUUGUCUGGGAGCACAGAGCUCUUAGUCGAAGUGUUAUAGCCGAGAAACAUAAUAGUUUGAAAAUAUAUGACUGUAGUCGUCGAAUGUGUAGAGCACAGAUGUUAGAGUCUUUGCUGACUUUAACCCUAAAUAUUGGCAUUGGAGAUCUUCUACUUUGCUAGUGUGAAAAAUAGGGAUGCAUGGUUGGCUUGUGCUGAUAUCUGCUGGAAUGGAUAAACACACCUUUUCCUCACAUGUUUCUUCCACACAGUCUUGUAUGAAAUAUUGAACGUGACCCCUUUUUGGCCGAUAAUCACACCUGCAGAAAUUUGCACAUCUGCUGUUGCCAAUACUGUGCUGAUAAUAUGGUGCAUCAUCAAUAAAAACAUUACCUGCAGUAAUUUAGCAUCCAAAAUCUGUGUGUUUUACUCAUCAUUCAGCAGAGUAUUGAGCUUCUCUGUGGAGUAUAUUAAGAAGGUAUUCUUGUCUAUAUUAGCCUAGUUCUGUCUGAUUUCCAUGUCCUAAAGCUGAAAAAGAAUUUUUUUUGCUCCGUUGUUGAUUAAUCAGCUUCCCAGCGUGAGAAUAAAGAUCAGAGUUCGACAGCUUCCUGAUUCCCUUUGCAAGCUGAUUACUUGGUUCUUUUGUUCUGCUGCAGCUCUAAAAAUAGAGCGCAGCUUGAUCACAGCAGCAGGCAGGUCUCAGGUGUAUUUUUAUCUCUCUGACUAAAUAUAACAGAGGAAAUAAUCCAUGAGGUCACUGUGUUAGAUGGCAUGGACAGACAGGCGGACAGUCUGUGAUGUGUUUGUGCACUCCGGCUUUCCUUCAGCCUCCUGACUCAAAGAAAACAAAACAAAAAAAAAACGACAACUAUCAUUUGUUGGAUGCUUUACUGCCCCCCAUUUUUCUGACUGUCUAUAAUCUUCUUCUGUGUCUGCAUAUUUUCUCUGUGCACAUUACCCAUCAGACUAAAAACAGGAACUAUGAAAACAUCGACCAACAGAACUUUGACUUCAGGAGAACACCCAAGGUAUAAACUUGCAUGGUCAAAUGAUGCACGCCGCCCAACCAAUCUCUGAGCUCGCCCAGUAGUAGCCAAACACCAGUCAGCCCCGUCCACCCAAAACCAACCCGGCUCCAGAGAUAGACUCUUAUCCUGGUGGCACGUCUUUUCUCCACCAUCCCUUUUCUUUCUUUUGAUUUUUCAUGAUUCCUGCACACCGGGAAUGGGUUUACACUCGCAGGAGAGACGCCCUUCCUCUUCCUCCCCCUCCACUCCUCUUCCUCCUCCCUGAGUUUUUUCCAUGUGAAGGGUUGCAUGCAGCCAGGCUGAGGCUUGGCUCUGUCUGCAGAUUUGAGGAACACUACCCACCAGGAUCCUCUCACUCCUCUGCAACAUCAAACCUCCUUUUCUGUUACUUUUGGGAAUUGAACCUCUUCCUCCACCCCCCUCCUCCUGCUCCUGUGCACCCCGCCUCCCUCUUUCACCCCCUCUGCCUUCUCUCCACUCGAAUCUUUUUUUAAUUUGCGGUUGCAUCAGCGCGCUCUAACAUGCACGUCCCUGGUUGGUUGGUUGGUUGGAGUCUUGAAAGCGCCUCAGUUUGCAUGUGCCACCACACCACGCACAACUUUUGCCCUCCUUUGUACUUAAGCUUCAACUUUGAUUUUUCUUUCAGUUCAGCAGAUCUUGAACACUUUUUGUCUCAUUUUUUGGCCUCGUCCUCCUCCUCUCGUAGUAGCGUGGGUGAGAGGGAGCAUGGUCGAGGCUGGGGUCACGGGGGCGGGGUUUCGGGGUGGGAGUGGGAGGGUUUCAUGAAUGUUCAGGGCUAAUAAUGCUUGUCCUAUGAUGUGUCCUGUGGUGUUUUGUUCUGCCAUGUUUAUCAAUGUCCUACGAUGUGACCUGUUGCCCUGCGCGAUGGUCCCUCAGGCGGAAAAGGUGCUGCUCUUCAGCCAGGACACCAACCUGACAUCUCUGCUGCUGGAGGCCAAAGACCUGGAGGCACGGGUCAUCAUCCUCUCUGCCAGGUGUGUAGAAUCAUACAGGUACUAUAAGCUGUUUCUGCUUAGUCCUGGUAGUGUUUCUACAGAGCUACCAGGUAUUUAUUGUAAUAGUUGUUCUUCACAACUGUAACACGUGUUCACUUAACACUACAUCACUUAUUAUACAGCUACUUCUUUGAGAGAUCAACUUUUUAUGGAUCUGAAUAAAAGAUGAAAAAGCGGGAUGGUCCUUUAUUCAGGGUUGAGUUGAGAAUAUCAGAACACAAAGUAAAAUCUACUCACUUUGUGAGACUGACAGCUUUCAGAGGAUUUCAUGUGUGUUUCUGUGACAUUAAGAGUGUUUUCUCUCUCACAGAAUAGAUCAGUGUAUUGUUUGACGCUGUUCACAUCCAAGCCACAAAAAUCAAUCAAUCAACCUUAAUUUAUAAGGCGCCAAUUCACAUUAUCGAUGUUUACAUUAUUAUUCAUAAUUAUUAAAUUUGAUCUCAUGAGAAUUUACAAAAAGAGCUGGUCUAGACCGUACCCUUUAAUCGCCUACCACUAAGACUGAGUCUCAACUAGUAAGAUAAGACGUAUUCUUAUCCCACUUUAACCCAAUAUGAGAGAAACACUUUGCAGGAAGUUACAGGGGUAAGAAAAACUUCCUUUAACUGGCAAAAACCUCAAGCAGAACCAGACUCAUGUAAGAUAGUCAUCCGCUGUUGCUAAAUUGGGUUUAGAGAGGGGAUAGAGGGAGAUGCUUAAAGAGGCAGCAGAGUGUCUGCAGCAGUGAUCCAGAGAAAACUACAGCAUGAUGGAGCUCGGGGACUCUCAGCUAGCAUGGCCAGUGUUACAUUACUUAGAACACCACCACUAUUGUUUCAAAGAGAAACAACAGUCUUAUAACAUUUUAAUGCUUCCUCCUGAGUUAAAACAAAAUAUUUCUAUCAUUUCUUGGUAAUUUAAGUGUGCCACUUUUUUUCUGUUGGUGUACAAAGGAUCUUGGGAUAUCUUCAGUGUGAAGGAUGCACCUGCUAAACUAAAGCCUUCGCAGCCCAGGAUAAGUGGGACACAUUUGUUGGCAGCAUUUGAUGGAGCCUUUAAAAUGAGACAGCCUGUGAUGUGUUGCUGUGACGCAUUCAGUCUUCAAAUGAGGCCUGUGAAGGCUGCGCCUCUGGAAUGGGAUACAGUGUUACACAGAGGCUGCCAUCUUUGUUUUGGACCUUUGACCAAUCAAAGGCUGUAUGUCGAAAAAAAUCAACUUAACUGAUUUCAUUUCAUGUGUGUAAUAUUAUCAAUUGAUUUCUUUAUUAUACAAGUCUGGUCUCUUAAUGGUGUCUUUCUAAAGGUUUGAAGGGGGGUCUAGUAUUUGGGUCGUUACUGUAAUUUAUCAGGAGCAAUACUGAACUACAUUUUUCCAGACAUCAUGACAGAAUUUGUUCAGAAACUUUAUGGUAACUGUUUCAGAUUUGAUGUCACAGUCCUCCACAGGUGCUAUGGGACCACUUUGCCAAUCAUAAGGCAGUCAUGCCCCAGAGGAUGCCCUUCUUUAUUAGUUAACGCUUUAAAAAAUGGGACGAUGAUCUACAAAAUAAUCAUCACGCUUAAAUGAAGAUGAUUCAAAACUAAUUAAAAUGUUGAUCGAAGGAACAGAUGAAAUUAGAUGUGGAGUAAUUUCUCUUGGUGCUUUACAUAAUGAAACUUUGUUUAUGACAGGAGCACACAUGUUAGAGUUUACCUAGUUGGCUACAUCUCUGUUUGAAAUGGCAACAACUUUGUGAUGGUGCCUCUGUGUAGCAAACUGACUUUGUUGAGUGGAUUUCAUCAAACAUUAUGAGGCUGUAGCACUGGUUAAAAAUAACAUACCUACAGUAGCAGAAGCUUCAUCCCUGUUUGCCCUCUGUGUGUUUGCAGCGAGGACGAAGCUGCAGCUGUGUACAAAGCAGCCCGGCAGCUAAACAUGACCGGCUCUGGUUACGUCUGGCUGGUCGGAGAGAGAGAGAUGACUGGCAAAGCCUUAAGUGAAGCCCCAGAUGGUAUGUCAGCCUCUGCUUACUCUUCCUCACCUCUCUGCUUCUUAUCUUCUCUUCCUCAUCCCUCCUCUCUCUCAUUCUCUGUCUUUCUCUUCUUCUCUCUUUCUCUCUCUCUCUCUCUCUCUCUCUCUCUCUCUCUUUCCUCUCUCCCUCUCUCUCUUUCUCUCUCUGUCUCUCAGCCUUGCUUCUAUCCAGCUCUCGGGCUAAAUCUAAGCCAUGUUCAAAGUUUUGCAUAAAUUUUAAUACAAGUAAAAGGAGGCGUUUAAUCAGAGUGUAAAGAAAAGCAGCUUAAUGAGACAGUGAGAGUUUUUGGAGCUGUUAAAGGGGAGAUCGUCUUCAUCAGAAAAUAAGCUAUUAGACACUGAGAAAAAAAACAUCCCUCAAUGAAAAUUUUAUUUGCUGCAUCUAUCUCCAACCUAAAUUUCACAAAAGCUGAUGCUGUGUAAAAUGUGAAUGAAAAAAAUUGAAGUUGAUGGUUUUCACAUCACUUUAAUCCUGUUCUUAAUUUUACAAACCACAAACACAUAUCAGAAGUUUAAUCUAAAAUUCUAUGGAAAAUAAAUGCACUCAUUUGAAUUUGAAAAAGCUAAAAUGGGCAUGUUUACUAUUGUGCUGCAUCGCUCAUUCUUUUAACAACACUGUAAAUAUUUGAGAACCAAAAAAAAGCGUUUCUGGAGUUCAGAAAUAUUGUCCCUUCUUGUCUUCUGCACAUUUAGGGGUCUCCUUUGUCGUGUUUUUUUUUCUUUUCAUUUCACAAUGCAUCAGAUAUUCCCAGUAGGACAGCAAGACUACUUCAGCAGCGGGACUCUUCUACUACUGAGCCAUGCUGUUGUAAUUGUGUACACGUUGUGGUUUGGUAUUGUCUUGCUGAAAGGUCUUCCUUGAAAAAAAUCAAUGUCUGGAUGGCAGCUUUUGUUGCUCUACAAUGGAAGGAGUACUGCUGUUAUUAAGGACAGGUGUGUAAGAGGGCAAGGUAUACACUGAUAAAGGUCUACUACUGAAACGUUGCCAAUAAAUUUUAAGGGGUGUUUCCCUUUGAAUCAUCAGUUUAUGUUACUCUAAAAGAAAAAACUUCCUACAACAGGCAGAAACCUUGAGCAGAACCAGACUCAUGUUUGACAGCCAUCUGCUGAGACUGAGCUGGGUUUAGAGAGGAGAGAGGGAGAUGGACAGAGGAGAGACUGAUGAUAGUUGAAGCAGUUAAAAGCAGGCAGGUCCACGGCAGCAAAAGGUCUGCAGCAGUGAUCCAGAGGAACCUACAGCAUGAAGGAGCUCAGGGACUCCCAGAAUAGACUGUGUAUAGGUGACUUAAAUCAUGGAUGCCAUCUUUGAUUCUUGUGGGACAGUUUUUCACUCUGCAUCUUUAUUUCUUUUACUCUUGAGACUUUGAGGAAGAUAGGACAGCAGAGAGGGCAGGAAAUGUUAUUAUCAGGACAGGAGCCCAAGGCCGGAAUCGAAACCUGGGCUGCCUGCUUGAGACUAGACUAGGCCUCUCUUGGAUGGGUGGGGGCUCAGAAAAUUUCCUUGUGUUUCUGUUAGUAUUUUUGACAUGUUAUCUUUGCUAUACUUAGACCCCUGAAAAGAGAGGUACACACAUUGAUGACUGCAUCAAAUACAACUACAUUUGUUUAUAUUUAUUAUUAUUAUUUUUUAAAUAUACUCACUCACUUAAAACAUUUUUUAUUAAUACAAACAAGUUCCUUCCUCUUUAUCAUUAACCGCAGAAUCUUUGGAUGGAAACAUGGCUGCUCUCCCUCUCUCUCUCUCUUUGCCUCUGUCUCUCCUCUCUUGUAGUGCUGUAGGUCUCUGAUGAAGGAAACUAAUCCUCAUCAUAGUCAAUUAGCUUCUCAGCGUCCUGGUGUGUUUCUCUCUCUGGUUUUCUUCUGACUGCUGGUUGAACGUUUAAACAUCCAUAGAAAAAAAAAAGCAGACAUGUUUAAAGGUUCCUAACCAUUGUUUUUUUUUUUCUGGCUCAUUGUAACUGUGGCUUUAAAUGUGUCUAACAUCUUUUUGUUUGUUUCAUCUUCUAUAGUGUGUGUCGUCCGCCCGCCCGUCUGCCCGUUCUCACAGUAGACAAGCCAGUAACAUGUGCUGCUAAAGUGGGGAAGGGGUGGUGGGGGGUUGACUUGUGUUCAGGUUCAGUAGGGGUGGGGGUGGUGGCGGGGUUGAUAAUCUCGCUGCGGUUACCGUGACGUGUGUCUGAACGAACACUGGUAAGAUGCCGCCGCUGCUUCUUGUUUCCUGCUUGAUGCUUUGCCCUUUGCCAUUGGUCGACGAAAGACCCGCCCACGGCAACAUGGAGCCCGCCCUGCCAGGGAGGAUGCGGGGUUUACGAGACCAGCAGAUUACUCAGUCAGCCAGAGGACCAUGUCAUGUUCACACAGCUAGAUGUAGAGUAUGUGGACACUCUCUACUUUGGAGGACACACCAACAACACACAUAACCAGCUCUUUUCAGAGGUCGUUCCUCAAAGUUGGUUUCUAAGAUUUGGACUGGUUUGCACAGAACCAUAGACUAGACUCAGCCCCCAGUGUCAGUGUUGGACCUCACUAUAGCUCUGGUAACCAAAUGAAAGGGAAUAUAUCAUAAAUAUUUGUUCUUGUCAAUCAAAAAGAUUCUCUCUGGUGAAAUGUUAUGUGAAUUUUAGCCAAAUGCAGUUAUGUAAGUGUGCAAACACAUGAAAAAAAUAAGGAGAUUUUGAAAAGAAUUUAACAUAAUAAUGUAAUUUGACAUUUAAAACAGAUUCUACUUAAUGCCGAAUGAGUCUAUAAGCUGAAACUGAAGCAUUAUCCUGUCUGUUCUGAGCAUUUCAUGUGUCUCUCUGGCUGCUGGGUAAUCGGCUCCCCGUUCUGUUGCUGUGGCUUUUAUUUUGAGAAAACAUCCUCACCAACCAGCUGCUGCACUCUUAAAAAAUGAUGCGUCAUUUUUCUACACAUCUCUGUCCCUCCUGAGAUCAAGAUGUGUCAAAAAAUCAUCCAUCAUGUUCUUAAAAGUGUAGCCAGACUGCACUCUGAAAAUAACCCUCAGCUGUUUUGUCUCAGUUGGAGAAGUUUGAGGUUUCUUUUUAGGGAAACCGUUUCAGAUUAAAGUCUUUGUCUUUGCUUGAGUCUCAUCAUAUACACAAAUAUUCCAUCUGUCACCCAAAGAGAUGACAAACGCUCAAGGUCUUCUCAGUAGAUUUCCUGCAGAGCUCUCAGACGCAUCUUCUUGAAGACUUUUUUUUUGGCCUUAAGAUGUGGCAGAAAGCUCCAGAACAGAUAGAGCGGGAUGACCUUGAGGAAAAAACUGAGGAAGAGUGACACAGUGAAGUUUCAUCAGGCCUCUGCAUUGUGCAGUUUACAUCAGCUGCUUAAACAACAGUGAAGCUGUUCAGCUCAUGACGGGAAUGAGUCCUUUUAUGACUCAUCUAAACACCAAGACGAGGGUUCAUGGGUCUGAGGACUUCGAUAACAAGUGAGGGUUUAGUGAGUUGUAAUACAGUCAACCAUAAGUUUCUGAAGAGGGUCUAUGAUGACGUGCACCAUACGUCCAAGGUUACUCUCCUAACCUUCAGUCAGUGUUGUCAUUGGCAAGGGGUGGAGUCGAUGGGGCCUCUUUAACAGGCCCAGUUACUGGUCAGUGAACCUCAUCCAAAACAUGUAAAUAAAUGCAAGACUCCAAGUGCAAUCAAAACAAAUGAGUAAAAAAAAACUUGCAGUUGGUCAUCAUAAAAAGAAGAAUAACUGUUUUAGACUCAAAUUGGGCAUUUUCACUGAGGAAAGCCCCAAGAUGACACUAGAGGAACAAGUUUCAAGUUUUCUGCACCUCUGCAGUAGCGUCACUUCAAGUUUGGACAGAGGCAAAGCUCUCUCCAUAACUGUAAACUUAAUAGUAGUCGUUUUCCAACAUCUCAUGAGCUUUGGGUGAUUGUACUGUAGAUGCCAGUGGCUGAAAAAAGGCUGAUAGGAUUAGAUGAGGAACAUAGAUGUCCAAGAGCCACCAAAGCGCCCUGCUAAAUCGGGUUGAAAGGCUCUGUCUAAGAUGGUUUCAGUGUCUGAUCAGGUCCCUCUGGAUUUGGAUCUCGAGCACAGUCCUUCUAAGGCACAACUAGUUUAGAAAAGACUUGGAUUUGGUUGACUAUAAACAGUAAAUGAAUCAUGCUUCUUACCUUGCUGUGGGAACUCCACUGGUCUACAAAAUCCAAAGGGACCCUGCAGUAGAGACUUGAAUGUUUUGCACCGAAGGGUUUGUCUGAAAUGGUUCAGGUACGAGAUCAAGAUCCUCUGCCUCCCAUCUGGAAUUUUAAUGCAACUAGAAGAAAACCCCAGCAGGUGACUGAAAACACAUCUUGAAUACUCAGGAAUGUCUUAGAGGAGGUGGAUAAACGAGAAUUUGCAUUUGUAGCAGAGGAACAAUAUUGUAUAAUGCUAAUAAGAGUACAUUGAAAAUAUUGUCCAUUCUAUUCCAGCAGGUUCUGAGGCGCAUGUGGUUCCAAGGUGCCUCUGUGAAUAAAUAAUAGCAUUAAGAGCCCUCCACAAACAUGUCGGCAGGCACUCUUGCACAAAGCAAACUAAUGACACUGCCAGAUGAGGGACACUCCAGUUCAGACCGGUUUUCAUAAAGAGAAAACGAAACAAACAGCAGAAAAAACACUCAAAUAAGACAUACAGAGGUGCAAAUACACAUUUACAGUGAAGUCAGUGUUCACAUGCAACGUGUGCACACUCAGCUGCCCGCAGGGACUUAGAUCUUAUAUUCUUGAUUUCCAAGUACGAUGGAAUCCCGAAGAUGUACCAGGGUGUCUAUUAUCAUAUUUACGCUAAGAGCAAGUGGACUCAAGAAGACUGACGGUUCUGUGGCAGACAUGGCUGGACUCCAAUCUCCACUGUAUUCACCAUAAUGCAGGUUUUUCUUUUGUUUUUCUGGAUGUGAUUUUCCACAGGGGGUAAACAGAAUAACGUGAACACCUGUAGCUGAACCCAGUACAACAGCAGCUCUACAGCUAAGAGCUUUUCAGGGCACUUUGGGCUGCAGAGUUGUUGUGAUGGACUGCAGUGGCUCCUACUUGUGCUCCUGUUAUCAUGUCUAUCCCCUGUUUGUGUGCUGUUAGGAGUGUGCACGGGUUGCUUCGAAAACCAGUCCCUAAAAAGAAACCUGUGAAGCAGUACUGCGACAUUAUGGAUUUUGAUGUUGUUUUCCUUCACCGGAUGCUUGUCACAUUAUGAGGAAAGGGUGUCUGCAUUAGGUGCUCCAACUACCUGAACAACAGCAUGUUAACGCUGUUAGCAUUCCCACUGAAAAUAUAGAGCCAUGCUCCAGUGAAGCGCAUUCAUUUUAAUUAGAGGGAUGGGCUGGCUGUCGCUGGCAGGUCUUAAUCAAUAUAACAUGUCAGGCCUGUUCUUUUCACGAGGGACACCAGCUGAUUGCGGUCAUGCCUUCAGCAGUUAUGAUUACGCAGCAGUAUGUUUUAUUCAGGGUGUUUGAGUGUUUGUGCAGGAAAAAAGUUGUGACACGGAAUUCAACUCCAACGGGCCAGGUCUCUAAUUAUGCAUGACUCAUAGCUUCUGUAUGUGCAGAAUGGAUGAUUUUUACAGAAAUGACCUUGUGCUCAGCAUAUACAGAUAUAGAAAUAAGCCAUACAGAUGAAAAACCUUUCAUGUACCAGGUUUUAAAAAAGCGUAUUUCUGUCAUAAAAACAGACGUUUUAACAUGGUUCUUAAUAGAGUCUGCUCAACAUUUGGAGCAAACCCAAAGUGGACAUUUUAGGUACUGCAGGUUAUUUGUACUUCAGUAUUGGCUUUUUGUUUUUAUCCAGCUUAAUAAAAGCAAUAUUUUGUUGGAAAAUUUGUGAUUUGGUUGCAGUUUCUACUCAGUAGUUUUCAGCUAGUUGGUGGGACUCAGUGUUUAUAAGUUCUAUUUUGUGGUUUCCAAAAGUUCCAGUUUCAAGCUGUUGUGAAAGUUUGUAAUUGUUUGAAGAAGGAUUUGUCCUCUGUGGUUUCAGGGGUAGAAGUUUGCUCGCUGUACAGGUGUUUAUGCAGAAAUGCUGACAGCUAGGUAGCAAACUUCACCUGGAUACUUCUUUGGCGAUGGCCAGCUAUUUCAAGCACUUGCAGCAACAAUACUCUCUUUUUGUGACUUCUGUUUUUUAUAAAUGAAGGGAAACUCAAGCUGUUUCUUCUGUUGUCCGCAUUUUCAGCUCAAAAUCACCCAUGUUUCUGCGGUUGUUUGUCGGUUGUUAGCAGUGUUUCUUUGGGGAAUGCUAACAGUGUUAGCUCACUGUUGUCAGUCAGCUGGAGGACAAAUGCAGACACCUUUCAUCACUGUGUGACGAGUUUCUGCUGAGGAGAAACUCCAGACACAGUUCAUAACGUCUCAGUGAGGCUUUCUUUGUCCUGGGAGACAAACGGCUGUGAUUCUCAGAGUGAACUCCCAGCAUGCAGUUUGGUAUAACUGAACACUGAGAUGACGCCUGAAGCCCUGAGAGAGAGAGUGUGUGUGUGCGUGUGCGAGUGUGUUUGAAUAACACUGAAGCACUCCUUUAGUUACAUCUGUAAAGUUAAAGUGUGAGUGUUUUAAUUACCAUGUCUGUAUGAAUGGGGGCAGGUUUCAGUCUGCAGCCUCAUUAGCUCCCUGCUGUGUAUUUUAACUCUCUGCUGUGUGUAUGUGUGUGUGUGAAUGCGUGUCUAUGCUUGGUGCUCGUGUGGUUUGUGUGGUGCAGGCCUGCUUGGCCUCCAGCUGAUUAACGGCAAAAACGAGUCGGCGCACAUUGCAGACGCCGUGGCAGUGGUUGCUCAGUCCCUGCAGGAGUUGUUCGAAAAGGAGAACAUCACUGAGCCGCCGCGGGGCUGCGUGGGAAACACCAACAUCUGGCGGACUGGACCGCUCUUCAAACGGUCAGUACCUCUGGGACCUAGCCUACAGGUGAAACGGCCAUCUGGGGCUAUGCUGGUGAUGCUACAGAGCAGAUUUCUACUCUUCUCUGUUGACCCGAGUCUUUUUUUUUCUUUUUAUUUCUAUGAAUUAAACCCAAAGAGCAAAAUGAGCAAUCGCUGUGACUCUUUUUGCUUUUUAUUUCAAAUCAACUACCAAUAAUUCAGUGCAAACUUAUGAAAUAUGUGAGCAAAUGUGGCAGCAAAGCAAAGGUCAGAGAAUCAGGACUUGGUUUAACUCUUGAGUCAAACAUGUUUCUAUAUGUAACUGUAUUUUGUAGCUUUAAGGUCAUUCUUGCAGGUUAAGACUGUGUUGUCAUGUGUAAAAAUCUUUAAUAAAUUUUUUUCAGAUCAUCCAUAUCAUCACUCUAGUACGAAUUGUGCCACAUUUACAGUUUAUGUGAACAGGGCUAAACCUUCCAGAUAGUCACUCAGCCAUUCCCCCAUUCUUUUAAUGAAAUGAAAUGAAAUCUGCAGUCCAAGUGUUGCUCAUUUACUUAUCUCGAAGAUCCAAAUGUUGCUGGUUUACAUGUACUUUUCCUUAUUGAUAUCUGCAAUAAGAAACGAUUAAUUCAUCUACUGCUCGCCUCCUCACCCACACCCACAUCACUCCAGUCCUCCAGAACCUCCAUUGGCUUCCUAUUCACCAACACAUUCAGUUUAAAAUCCUCCUCCUCACCUUCAAAGCCCUCCAUAAUCAGGCCCCCUCCUACCUCACUGACCUACUCCACCCCUACGCUCCUUCCUUAUCCAUUAACCAGCUACAGCUUAGACACAACACACGAGCAGCAUUUCAGGCCUACAGUGGUAGAAAUAUUAUCAACUGACCUGUAACCUGGUGAAGACUGGACAACAUUCAGUAUACUCAAUGCACACAUCCCUUAUUUGUACGAACAAGAGUAAGAACAUUGCAGUGGAUAUCUGUAAUAAUCAUUUUGAAUGAAUGUGCAGAAUCCAUUAAUAUAUACCUGUAAUGAACACCCAGCCUAGCCUUUAAAUAUUAAAACUGCCUUGAAUUGCUUUAAGAUUGCAUCUAGGAGUCUGAUUUGAAAUUUGCAGUCACUUUGCCAGCUGUUUUUCAGGGACCGGGUUUAAAAAGUAGAGAAGGAACUAGACAAAGAGUUCCAAGUUUAUACUAUUUUAUUUUUGUUUAGAUUUUUAUAGUUUUUUAAAGAUUGUUUCAGGGCUGCAGAGAGACUGAAAAUGUCAGGAGAAGAGAGGAAGAGAGGGGGGAGAUUGGCAUCAAGGUGGUUGAGGCAAAGAGUUAUUAAACAAGCGUCCAUCGCACCAAGGGCCUAAGCUUCUGUUUAUGAUUGUCUGCUGCUUCAGCUCAGCCCUGUUCUAUUCAUGUAAAUCCCAAUACAAGCCCCUUAUCAAUGUCUACUGUCGACCAAAAGUAAACCGCUGCGACUGCAGUUAGGAUGUGAGUUACUUAACCUCCCAGAGGGUCCCUCAAGUCCAAAUCCUGAAUCAUAAAAAGCCAGUGUAAGUAUUUAAAAUCACAGACCCGAGUAUCCGAGUGGACAGUUUGUGCAGGCUGUGAAGGAAAUGUUGUGUGACUGUUGUGUGUUCAGCAGUUUAUCCAGUUUGGAUUUCUGAUCCACAGCAUUGAGUCCGCUCCUCUUCCUUCAACUUGAGAACCGGAGCCUGAGACGCUUUGCUGAUCUGAUCUGGCUUCCGCUGAAAGUUAUUCUGACACAACUGGGAUAAUGAACCUCUCUGUCACUGCCUCUCUCCUCUGUGUGACCCAUAUAGACCAUCAAGUCCAGUUAAAUCAGGUUUAUUUAGACGAUCCACUAUUACAUACUGCUCCACAGCAGCAACAGCAGCAUCAUGUGAUCUGGUCUCAUUUUAUCCAUAUUUCCAUGAGCUGAUAUGGACUCUGCUGGUCUCUGAUUGGCUCCUCAGGGUGUUGAUGGCGUCCAAGUAUCCUGAUGGUCUGACAGGACGGAUUGAGUUUAACGAUGACGGCGACCGGCGCUUUGCAACUUACAGCAUCCUGAACUACCAACAGAAACCAGGUCGCCUCAUCCAGGUUGGAGUCUUCAACGGAUCCCAGGUACAGUCGAACUAGUCACACAUUGUUGUAUAUCUAAUUACACCUCAUUAGAUACCUGAUCAUGCAGGAUUAUUCUCUGGGUGAUAAAACUGCUUUGACACCUUGUUAUUAACCUGGUUUGACACCUGGUUCCACCUGAUUUUACGCCAUGACAGACCUGUCUAUAUGUACAUGGAUAUGUACCUGGCUGAACACCUAGAUAAUCCCCUGGUCAUUUAUUGGGUUAAGAACCUGGCCAAACAAUAUCGACCCGUUUUUUCUCCUCUGAAUACACCCAGUCACACCAAGUUUUGCAUCUGUUUACACAGUUGUUGACACACCUGUUUCUACUUGGUGUGAAGUUAUUUACCAGGUCACACACCUAAUUAAGCACCUGAUUAUACUCCUUUUUACAUGAGUUUUAGUCAGGCAAGUCAUAGGGUAACUACACCUUGUAUCACCUGUGAAGCACCUGCCUAUUCCAGGAUCAGCAUCUGAUUGUUUCACAUAGUUAUUCACCAGGUAGUACAACUUUUAAAACACCUAAAUUUGCACCUUAUCAAAAAAGCUGAUAAAAACCAUUGAAUAACUUUUAAAAUACCUCACACACACCUGGAGGUCCACCUCGUAACACCUGAAUCAACAGCCAUGUUCAUGUCACACCUCAACUCAAACUGGACCUUGUAAAUACCUGGUUAUAAACCUUGGCACACCUGGUCAUACACCUGGUCACAAACCUUAUAAUACAGCUGGCUUUUCAACAGUCACAUUUGGCCUUAUGAGUUGCUUGAUUGUACAUCUUUCACAUUAUGUUUUGCACCUGGAAACACGCCAAGUUAAACCCCUGUCUGAACUGAUUAUUUCAUCAGUUUAGCAACGUCCAGACCUCAUCACACCUGGUUUCACACAUGACAAGACAGUAGCUAAUACAUGCCAGCUGAAACACCUCAAGAGUUCAUUCUAUUUAAGUACACAGCUCCAUCAGGGUUUUGACGGUGUGACGUCUCAUUGAACACCUGAGCCCACCAGGUUAUACAAUAGUUCAAUAACCUAGUAAACCUGAUUAGUUACCCAGGGUUUCACACCCACCUGGUUUCUGCACCUAGUCAUACACCUGUUUAUGGGUUUGUCUAUGUUUAUUUAAACCUGGUAAAAUGUUUAUGUAUUCCUGUUUACACACCUGGUAACAAACUUAAGCAUGUACCUGGUUAGUUGCCGGAUUAUACAUCCUUUUGAUAGCGUAUCAAACCUGUAAAAGCACCUGACCACAAUUGGUUAAACUACACGUUGUGCCUGAAGCCCGAAGCUCCAUGCUUGAAUUCAUCAGGUUAUAAAUGUAGUAAUAUCUAUUUUUACACCUUUUCAGCCCUGCUUCUGUAACUGGUCAUACCUUGGAUCUUUUAUUCAGAGAGUUAUUUGUUUUUUUUAAUCAGGAGCAGUUGCUACAUUCCUCUCUUCACAGCCUCCAGACCUCAUUGACGUAAACCCCAUUUUUACUUCACAGGAAACAGAAGUUGAUGGUGAAACGCUGCCUUCAUUGGUCAGUUUGUUUGGAUGAUUGUGGUCAUGCCUGGUUAUGCACUUGGUUGCACCUGACCCUGCCUGGUUUAACACCUGGUCACAGCUGGUUAUAAAACGGGUUUUACACUUAAUCACAAUCAGUCACACCUGAUCUGACAGUUAAUUUCACUCUUUUGAAUAGAGAAUAUCUUGGCCUGAAACAGUGAUACAUUUUUGCUGUCUUCCAGAAUGAGACACUUUAAAUUAAGUAACUACCAGGGUGCAUUAUGGGAAAUGUAGGAUUCAGUGUAAGCGAUGUCACCUCUGCUGCACAGAUUUAGAUCAUUCUGGUUAAAUUCUGUCCCUCACAAUUACAACAGCUGUAUGUUAAAGGCGCACUGAUGCACAACGUUCAUACAGUGUCUUUAAGGUGAAGGAAAAUAAGAUGAUUGAAGCGUUCCUCACUGGUUUGUUUGCUCUGCAGCGUGCAUCUACUCAGCCUUGUGUGUGUUCGUCAGUCCCAUGCCUUUUUAACUAUUGAUGCACAGAUGAAGUAUUGAUGUUUUCAUUUAGUCAGCUUGUCACACUGAGACCUGUCUGGAACAGCAUGACAACCUGCAUGUCUGUAUGUCUUUGUGUAUCUGUGUGUGUGUGUGUGUGUGUGUGUGUGUGUGUGUGUGUGUGUGUAUUUCAGGUCGUGAUGAACCCUCAGAGGAAAAUCAUUUGGCCUGGAGGAGAGACAGAGAAACCCGUUGGAUACCAGAUGUCCACAAAACUGAAGGUACUGCCUCGACUGCUAUAAAGGUGCUCCAUGAAUCUGUAAGCUGAGCAACAUGAUAUAAAUCUGCUCUGAGGUUCACCACAGUUAUAACUGGACUUAGGCUGGCCUCACAAAGAACAUCCAGGGCCAGAUUUGCUCCCCUGAUAAAAGGGGACACCUGAUUUGGGGUCUGGUGUAACCGAGCAGACUGGCAGUCGUCAUCAGCCGGGUGUGAAACCCACAGCUGUGGCAGGAGACAUGAGCACAACUCUACUGAUUAGUUUGCAAAAUCCAAAAGAAAUUCAUGCUUGUCAUGCAGGAAAGAUGAUCAAAUCCAAACAUAGCUUUUAUUUAACAUCUGAGGCAGAUUGACUUACAGCAUCUACUAACUUACUGCCAGUCUGUAAAUAAAAACGAUGUUUGAAAGGGAGGCCCAAAAAGUCAGCCACAAAAUUAUUCUCUAACAACAAGCGACAGGCUCCUAGAUUGAGCUGUAGGCUAUUAUCUAAGAGAGUUUGUCUGCAGAGAUUGGAAUUGUGGAGUCACCAAGUCAUCUCCAUGCCAUGUAUUUGUUCUGCUCUGUCAUUGAACCAGUUGCUUCCAAUGAGCAGCCAGGAAGGUGAGCUCUUUAGUGAAGGCACCUGGUUCAGUAACUGAGCAGAACAAAUACAUAGCAUGGAGAUGACUUGGUGACUUCACAAUUCCCAUCUCUGAUCAUCUGUUUGUGUGUAUAUGUGUGUGUGUGUGCGUGUGUGCGUGCUUGCGUGUGUGUGUGUGUGUGUGUGUGUGUGUGCGUGCGUGUGUGUGUGCAGAUUGUGACGAUCCAUCAGGAGCCUUUUGUUUACGUGAAGCCAACAAAAACCGACGGGACAUGUAAAGAAGAGUACACCGUCAAUGGAGUCUUAAUCAAGAAGGUUAUCUGUACUGGACCCAAUGGGACCAUUCCAGGUACACACCCGAUAACACACACUCUCUCACACACCUAAUCCCAUUCAUUUGCCCCCCUUUAAAGGGACAUCAGUCACUCAUCUUAAACCUGUGUUUUUAUCCUCUUUUAGGAAACAUAUAAACAACAAUAUAUCUGGACUAGUCAUAAAACCUAAUCAGGACAGGUCCCCUCAAUGAUAGGACCCUGCUCAUGGGUUGCUAGUUGAAUGGCCAUAUGUAAAUCCUAAAACAUACAGGAUCUGUAUUCAGCGCGUUCCGUCAGCGCCGUGUAUCACGCAGCAAAUAGGUUGCCAUUCUAUUCAAUGCAGCAUCACGCACAGGACGCCUAUCAGCUCCGUCUCAGCUCCAUCGCAGAAUAAUGUCGAGCACGGCUCUGCUAAAGAAAUGUGCUGAGUCUAAUUUUGCUGCUCUACGUUUUUAACAUGUGUUCAUAAACACAGAGAAGAUCAUUUUUGGACGUCAAGCACGGAAACUGUGUAUGUCAUCCAGUAAAUUUCAAAACAAAACACCAUAUGCAAACUCCAAACUGUGUAUUAGUUUGUGUAGAUGAGAAAUACUUCCUGGUUUCGGAUUUAUCAGUAUCGCAGAAGAAUCCAGUGGUCAAUCCCUGAUUCAUGUGGACCCCAACAGGACUUUGAACUGCUAACUCUGUCUAAAGGUAACGACACAGCAUAAAGGAACAUAGUUUACUUUAUUAAACAUAAUCAAACCUGCAAAAACCAAAACUGUAAAAUCACGUUGCUUUUUCACAUAUAGUAGAAGCUCAACGGUCACUGAAUAAUAUCCAAAUUAGCAGGAAAUAGACCACACAAAGGAAAAAUAACCAUGUUGUUUCCUCUAUACUGAGCCCAGCUGACAGGGGCUGCACUAUGCUGCUGCUGUGCUCCAAAUACACAUCCUGUAUGUGAUAUCCAAUGCUGCUCUACGGAGCAGAGACGCAACGCUGACAAAAAGUGAUGAAUACAGAUCCUGUAUGUUUUCGGCUUAAGCUUUGAUAAAACAGAUAGCAGCAGGGUAGCUGAUGUCCUAAUAGUAAAAGUGGCAUGUGAUGGCCAGCAUCACUGUAAGUGCAGGGGUCAAUGUACAGUGAAAUCUACAUUGUCUUUGCAUACAUCAGCCCGACCCUGGGGGUUCUGAAAUGCAGAUAGCAGAGGGGCAGGUGUUAAGAAGCUGUGAAUACACCAAUAAUUGAGUUUAAAAAAAUCAGUAUAGUUUUUUUCCUUUUAUUACUCCUUUGUUGUGGUUCAAAUUUACCCUCCAAAUGGAAGAUCUACUGGGAUUUGGCAUGUAACAGGUGUUAAUUUCAGAUUCUGUGUUUAUGUAUGUAGAAGCCCAGCCUGAAUGCACUAACAUGACAAAGUUAAACAGUCCAGGGUCAGAGUAUGUCAAAGUCAUUGCAGAGACAAAGGAAAUAAAAUCUAAGUACACACUUAUGCAUAAUUAUGCUCUAAUUGAAGAAACAAUCUUGUUUUCUUUUACAACUUUUCAACAAAAUCAGAAACUUUAAACAUAUAAGACUUUAACUGCCAGUCCAGUUGGGCCUCUGCAGUAUUUCAAGCUUUUAAGAAAGGCGUUUUAGUUUUCUGGUUCGUCAUGUUAUGUUUCAAGUUUAACCAAGUGGGAAGCUGACCCCCAAAACUGGUCCUCACAAAGGCAGAAAAAGCAGGGGUGAAUGAAUGCACACAUGCACCAAGCCUCAUUCAAAUUAACCCCUUCUUCUUAUCUGUGUGUGUGUGUGUGUGUGUGUGUGUGUGUGUGUGUGUGUGUGUGUGUGUGUGCGUGCGUGUGUGCGUGCGUGCGUGCGUGCGUGCGUGCAUGUGUGUGUCCAGGUCAGCCCAUUGUCCCUCAGUGUUGCUAUGGUUUCUGCAUCGAUCUGCUCAUCAAACUGGCGAUGAGCAUGAACUUCACCUACGAGGUUCACCUUGUGGCUGAUGGGAAAUUUGGCACGCAGGAAAGAGUGAGUGUUUCUUUUUAUUCAAGCCUUUAAUUCAGAAGACGGGACGAUGUAUGAGUGGAGAGAGAGGGAGAGGCAAAUGACAAAUGGCAAACCCAGGCCGCUUGCUUCAAGGAUUUCAGGGCUGUAGCCUCUGAACAUGGGCUGUGUGAUUUAACCACUGAGCUAAACCGAAGCCUUGAGACUUCUCCAGUUUUACCAUAAAAUCUCUUUAAACAGACAUUUUUCACUGCAGGCUCUGCCCCAAAGGUAUCUGACAUGCUGUUGUAGCUGUUUGGCAGCCCUGCUCUUCUGAUCUUUUCAGAGGGUUUUAGAGGGUUGUUCAAAAUCCAUGAAAUAUUGAAAUAUUUCAGGUCUGAGUGACGAAUUUGUAGAAAAAGUUUGGAAAAAGCUACAACAGAUUUUUUGUUAACUGUGAUUAAACAGGCUGGAUUGGUUGCUGUUUGAUCUUUAAGUGCAAAUCCACUUCAGUGUUAAUCACCAUUAACUCAGUUUUAAAAGCCAUCAGACUUGGUGGAGAAAAACUGCUCUAUUGCUUUGUAGAGAUUUGGAGUUGCAAGUCUACCACUGACAGGAUCAGAUGGUAGUUGUGUCAAGUAAACGUAAAAAGAGUUUGAGCCUUUGCCUCUUGUUAAGGGAGGUGGUUGUUAACUUCUACCCAACACCUCGUCAGUUUUAUGCCCAGUGUCCAGGAUGUUUGGAUAACUACUGAUUUUGCACCCAUGUUAACACCCAGAGGUUUGGAAUCAGGUUUGAUCAGGCGGAAAGGCAGUGUGUUGCUUUUUUGGGAACACAGAGAGCAUCUGCACCCAAGACAAACAAAAACCUGGUCUCUCAAAUCAGAAGCCCUUUGAUUUUCUCUAUAUUCCACCCCCUGCUAUAGUAUUGGGCUAGAAAAUAACCUUCAUCACUAUCUCCUCACAGACCAACCUUACCUUGAUCCUGCUGUGGCUGAGUCCUUCAGACUAAGACCAUCACUAAGCUCUCCAUCAUGCGCACCCUCAAACAUAUACAAUAAUCAUUGAUAUAGAAGUUUUUGUACAAGUCAAAUGUAAUUCAACGUUCUGUAAAGCUGUUAAAUACCAAACAGCCAAAAACAGACAGAAAAUGAGCCAUUUAAAUAGAAAAAAGAAGAGGCUAAUGCACACCAAUAAUGCUAUGAUAUAAUGAUAGUAAAAGAAGAGACAAAAGUAAGUUGAAACAUCAAACAAGACCUCAAAUAUAAACAGUUUAAAAUGAUCAGAAGAUAAGUAGUUAAAGAUAAGUAAAAGCAGAAAGAGGGAGAUUUAAAAACAGAAGAAUAAUAAACCAACAAAACAACAUAGAAUCCUAUGUGAAACAUCAAAUAACAAAACUAUGCAGACAUAAACACACAAGUUAAAGUUGUUUUACUUUAAAUAAAUACGUCAAUAGGAAUGAACAGCUCAUUUAACUUUGAGUUCAACUUCAUCAGACGCCGGUUAAUAUUAGAGCCUGUCGAGUGUGACAGCGUAACCAGUUUUAAAUCAUCUCUCAUGAACUUACAGCCUGGCUCUAACUUUGGACUGUUAAGUUGAAUGUCACAGCUUAUAUUUAAAAGAGAGACACUCGUUGUUUACAAAGUGCUCCCAUUAUAAACACAGACCAGUGAACAGGUUUGACAGACAGCAUUGGGGAUAAAAUGCUCCUUUGCUUUUGAAGCUUUGGGGUUAAAUGGUCUGGUAUCACUUCUUUCAGUUUUGCUUACCCACUACUUCAAAAGUCUCUGUUUUUCAUGUGCGAUUCUCAGCAAAGAUAGUGAGGAUGGAAAAUGACUCACUCCUUGUACAAUUGAGUUUAAAAAGUGAUGUCUUCCCGGCAUGGAGAGGACACAAAGUGACGUAACCGACUAUUUUGGCACUUGAGUUCAUUGGCAGCUGUAUUUGUCAUUUAUUUCUGUCAACAGUACCAUUGAUUGCAACCCUGUCCGAGAGUAAAAGUUACAGAGCAGUGAUAUGAAAUCAAAACAGCAACAACGAUGAAAUAAUCAAAAAAAUAUCAGCUGUAAACGGGUGAGUUUCUGUCCUGAGUUAGAAGAACUGAGAGUUUCAGCAGACCUUGAUUUUCUUGGAGUUUGUUCCAGAUAUAUGGAGCAUUAAACUGAACCCUGCUGCUCCGUGUUUGGUUCCGACUUUCUUCUCUGCAGCUGUUUAUCUUCGUCAAACAGUGAACUCAUUUUCACACAGCAGCAGCAGCAGCAGGAGGAGGAGGAGGAGGAGAUGAAGGAGGAGGAAGAGGAGGGGAUGGAAACAAGCAGCACUUCAUGUUUUUUUUUCCUCUGGAUGAUUUUGUGGAAAUGUGAUUAAAACUUGGCGAACAUUCAUGUUCGCUGUGACUCUCUGUUUCUCUGACCUGUUUACUGAUUCAACACCAGUACAGUGCUGAGGCUUGUUGCUAUGGCGACCACUGCUCUGUCCCUGACUCUGACCUUGUCGAAGCCGAAAGACAUUUAGUCAUUACUGUCUCCCUCUCUCUCUCCUCCCUUCUGCUGCUCUCUUUGAGACACUCCGAGUGACACCAUCUCUCCUUCAUCACCUCCUCCAUCACCUUCGUUCAUUUCCACUUCACUCAGCCUCUCUCUGAUGCUUCCUGCUCUUCUCCUCCUCUUCCUCUCCUCCUCUCACAAACCCCCCUUCCCCUGUCUCCCUGCACGGAUUUAUUUAUAGCUGAAACACGCUUCAUUUUUCUUGAAGAUAAAAGAUUCUCCGAUAAAAUUAAAUCACUCAGACAAAAUCAAAUCAGUCAAAGUACUUUUUUGUGAAAGGAGAGCAAUGCUUUUAUUCUGUUGGACAAGAAAUUCUACAAAUCCAUCAAUGCUGAGCAUUUUCUCUCUGCUUUUUUCAGGAAAUCUUUUUUUUUUCUUUAUAUUAUCUCUGGUUGUAACUUGUGCUGCAAGCAAAAGAUUUCUCAUGAAUAUGGGGCUUAUACUUUUAAGCAGAUAAAUGCAUGAAUCUAAGACCUUUUAUCACACACCUUGGUCUCUGCCAUUCCCUCUCCUCCUGCAGGUGAACAACAGCAAUAAGAAAGAGUGGAAUGGCAUGAUGGGAGAGCUGCUGGGAGGUCUGGCCGACAUGAUCGUCGCUCCCCUCACCAUCAACAACGAGCGUGCUCAGUACAUUGAGUUCUCCAAACCGUUUAAGUACCAGGGGCUCACCAUCCUUGUCAAAAAGGUGAGAAACAGGCACUCUGGUUUGUCUUUCUUCGGAGCAGCUCAGAGGUCAAGUCAUCUGAUUCUCUUACAGAUGGUUGGUGGUUUGAUCCCAGGUCCUUUAGUGCUAAAGUGUCCUUGGGUAACACACUGAACUUGGGUUGAGUGUGGGGUAAUAGUUGGGUUUUUAAUUCGAGUAUGACUAUGACUCAUUAGAAUAAGAUAAUCAAGACUGGGUGAUCAUUGUUCUGCCUGCUGUGCUGCCUCUGCCACCCUCUAUUAGUUGAAUGAAUCUCAACCCAUACGUGUGCACACUGAACAAGCUUAAACAUUCAGAGAGACUGACUGUGGUGCAGGCAGUGUCUGUAUCUGUGGAUUACAUGACUGCAGAAUACAAACAUGCACUAAUUUGUGACACCUCAGCCAUCGCAGGUAUCCAAAAAGUGCUUCGGCUAUUGUUAUCGUCAGAACACACAUACUGGCUGCUGAAUUUACAGGAGCACAGAUUGUUUAACUGUAGUGACUCUAUUUGCAGUUCACAUACAUUGUACUGAUGUAACAAUCGUGUGGAAGAUGACAGUGAGUGAAUUAUUCAUCAGAUUUUACCAUAGCAGGGCUGAUGGUGCAGAUUAAACAUGAAUUUACAGCAGAAAUUAUUUACAACAUGUAAGUCAGUUUCAUUUCUCAGUAAAGAUUGUGUGGUCACAUGUUAAGCAGAAAGAUUUAAUUUGAAAACUGAAAACAAACAGAAAAAUCUCAUUUAUAAACAGUACAAUCUAUCUUAAUACACAUUGCCUAAAGUAAGAGAAAAAAAUCCUGUAUUUGUUUUUUCAACGUCUUGUAGCUCUACACCGAACCUACAUUACUACUUCUAGUUGUGCCAGAGGUGUGUGAAUGGGGUUAGCUAAUAUUGAUGAGCACUUGACAUAGCAGCUUCUUCUGUUAGAGUAUGAAUGUGGCAUGAAAUGCUGAAUAUGAGGAGUGUGAUGGGUGAAUGUGAAAGUGCUUUGUGUGGUCAGAAGACCAGAGAAAGCACUUAGAGCUGUCACAGUGUACCCAUAAUGACCAUGACUGUCUGUUUAAAACAAUGAAAAUUUGAUCUUGUGCUGAAAAUUAGCAUACCGUUGUACAGUGGAACUAAUUGGUUCGUGGAAGUGGUAUUGUUCCUAUAUGCUAUAACAUAAAGAACAGACAGGUAGAGAAAGUAAAGCAGCAGCAGCAACAGCAGUACGCAACAGCAGCCCUCUGAAAGAUAGACAGUCGCUUUUAAAGCUGAGGUUUACAAAAAAAUGUAAACGCUUGUUAAGCAGCAUUCUAAAAAGUGUUAGCUAUUUCAUUGGUUAGUUGUGUGUAAUGAGGGCCUGUGUCCACUGUGUGUUUUGCUUAUAAAGUCUGACCUUAAUUCCAGAGUAAUCCUCACUCUGGCUCUCAGUAACUGGGAUAUGAACACUUCCUCUUCCCUGACCAUAAAGUUUGUUGUAGUUUGAUGUGUAUGCCUGAUAUUUGCUUCUCAGUAAUCCCCUUUUUCUCUUCACAUUCUCCCCCUUUUUUCCUCUUCGUCUCCCUCUAUCAAAAAAAAUACCAAUGAAAAUUUAACAACUAAAGGGAUUUAUGGUUUGGCAUUAAAAGGAGCUCAGACCUGAAAACUGUACCUUAAAAAAGCUCCUCUGUCAUUGGACAUUGAGGGUUUAAUGAUGCUGAGUAAUAGUUCAAAAGUAGGGCUGCACGGUUUUGCCCCCCCCCCCCCCAAAAAAAAAAUCCAGGUUUUCCUCAGAAAACUUGAUUUUUGAAUUUUUGUUCAGUGACAACUUAAGCAGUUAUCUUCAUUUUAAUAAGUUUUUCUAUCAUCUCUCAAAACAAAACCACUUAAAACAAUGUAGUGCAUAUGCCAAGCCAGUAAGUGGCGCUGUAACGCUGCUGAGGAAAUGCAUAAAAGACAGAAGAAGAGUACAGAGCACGCGUAUAAAGGUUGUUUUGGCUUGACACAUGCAGGCUCCAUAAAGGAGUUUCGCUGUGUGUCACAUAAUCGUUUCAAGAGAGAUGCAGAUAGAGAUUCAGUCACCUGAAACCAUAGACUGUAUAUACUAUGGACAACUUGGUUCCGCCUCCCGCCUGUAUACGGAUUUGAAGCCAAAUAGCUCUCGGUAUUUCUGGGAUUUCUCUUCAUUUCCUGAAACCAGCACUGCGCAGUAGCGAUGCGCGCACUCGGCCGCGCAGUCGCCGAGAGUCACUGUGAUGACGCUCGACUCAAACAGCGUAUCCCCCCGGGUGAGCUACGCAAUCCCUGAACGCCCAUAGGCUGUACCAGGUGUCAAUCAUAGAAAACAUGAACCCCGAAUAACUUUUAAAAACGGAGCUUCACAGAAAAAAGAGGACUUGAGCACAAACCAGUCUUACAAUAACUACAUGUCAACAUCACAAGCAGGGGGGAGAAAAAUUUAUGUUCUGUGUAAUAAAUUUCUAAAGUUUGGUCCACAGCUCCCAUAAGCUUUGCUGGUGGAGGCGGGAUUUAUGACCUAUACUGCAGCCCAUCAACAGAGGGUGCUGUUCUCGGAGUGGCUUCACCCAGCGAGGAGGCAGACUCUGUCCAUUGCAUAUACAGUCUAUGCCUGAAAUGCUGUUUCCAUGUGGAUGAAAUGCCAAUACGACAAAAACCUUUUGCAUUUACUCCUGAAUUCAUUUCCAUGUGGAUGGGUUGAUACCGCCUUCAUACAGACUGCAGGGAUUGGUUUUCUCUUUUUCCAAAACUGCAAAGCCAUACCAAUUACACAUGACUGACUUGCUCUUGUCCUAUUUAGCCACAAAAUUAUCAUCUUCUUUUGCAAAUACCAUGCUUGUUUACACUGGUAUGUGUGGGAACAGGGGAGCACUCCCCGGGGGAGCCUACAGUGGCCUGGAGGCAGGAGACAUAAUCAAGAGGAAAAUCGAUUUCACGAUUUUAAUUUUUUUAACAUUUUUGAAUUUUUUGAUUUUUGAAAUAAUCUGAUUACGAUUUAAAAUCGAUUGAUUGUGCAGCCUUAUUCAAAAGUAUUUUGAAAAACUCUAUUCAUUUGAGAGUGUCAUAAGAGCAGGGUGUGUUUUUUCUUAUCAUGCAGAGCACUGAAAAGGCUGAACUGCAUCAGUUUUGUGAAGAAAACAGGCUCAGUCUAAAAAAAAAAAACUAUUAGUGGACACAGGCCUUAAAUCUUAAUAACAUCAGCUGAAGUGUAAAACCAUCUUUUAAAGGGAUGCUACAUCUCUUAAUAAUUCCAGUAUAUGAUGAGCUCUGAGUUUUACUUUGAGUCCACUAUUGUCAGUCCUACCUGACGUCUAGACCUCCUCACAGUUUGAGUCACGCUGUUGUCAUGAUGCUCUGAAGGAUAAUUUUGGAUAUUCUGGCUCAGAGUGACCCAGUUCACAGCCAGUGAUCAGCUCCGCAGCAGGAAACAGGUCGAUGGUUUCCAUUGAACCUUCACACAUCUGAUCCAGGGUCAGAUGUGAAGCCUCUGCUGGAUUAAUGAUUUUGUGGUUUUUUAUACCUCUAAUUGAUCCAGUGCAGACAAUGAAGUCAGUGAUAUUGACAAGAUUCCUGAAACAGUUUAAUCUGUUUUGACUAAUUUUUUAUUAAUGCUCACUGAACUCAAUGGCAGAGUUUUCACUGUUAUUAGAUAUUAAAUAAUUUGAGCUCUUCCACCACUAACCUUUAAUCACAGGCUGCAGAUCUAACAUAUCAUUCAGCCUUCUCAUUCAGCUCCCAAACCUUUUUGCACACCAGUCUGAGCUCACAAUGCAGUUUAAGUCACCCAUUCUUACUAUAAUAUUCAGGACUGAAAAGCAGAGAAGUCUGGAAACCCUACAUGAUAGAGUUUUUGGAUGGUUCAAAUCUGGUUCCAUAUCUUCAUAACCAUCUCUCUGCUGUUACUGAUGUGCAGUAUGGUGUGCCUCAGGGAUUGUUUUUAGAUCCAUUGUUAUUUUCCUUUAACCCCCGCGGCGCAUCGUAUAUUAGCGAGGUGUUUUAUUUCAUUUUCAUGCAGAUAUAACUUCUGAGUUGGUGAUCUCUUUUAAGUCUCUUCCUAAAACACACUCUCGUACAACGGCCUUACCCGACUUUAAAUUGUAUUUGCUUUUAAUUAGUUUAAUGAUGACGGUUGUGGUGCUAAAGAUGUGCUAUAACUUUGUGUGUUUUCUGUGUGUUUAGGAAAUCCCCCGCAGCACCCUGGAUUCAUUUAUGCAGCCGUUCCAGAGCACACUGUGGCUGUUAGUCGGUCUGUCGGUCCACGUGGUGGCAGUGAUGCUUUACCUAUUAGACCGGUUCAGGUAAUCACAUUAUGAUAUGCUACAGCACAGAAGGUAAUAUUACGCUAUGAUACUUCUUAGCAUGAUGAAAGUAUGGAGUAUGGUUGUGCUUAACGUGACAAAAGUUAAAGAAGGCGGCAAAGCUUAAAGCCUUACAGCCAGUUAAUUUGAUUUUUCAUUUUCUUAACAUCAUUGAUUCACUAAACUGUUGAUCAAAUAUUUGACCUGGCGUUGAUACAGGGUUUAAAUCAAAAUUUGUCGGAAAAGACGGCAUUUCGGCCUCGCUGCUCCUGCAGAAGACAACUUCAUAACUAAAUUAACUGAUCCAAGUGAAACUGGAUCAUAAUUUAUAGAUUAAAUAUUUUCCGGUUGUCUCUGAGGUCCUCCUUCUGAGGCUGCUGAGUCUGAAUGUUUGAUGAUUACAAGUUUCUCGCUGGCGAGUUUUUUGCUCAUUGCCGUUAGCAAGUUGGCUCAAUUAGUGCCCAAACUGGGAGCUUCGAACAUCGAGGGAGUGAGAGUGUUUACAUCACUUGCAAAUGAGCUCUGGACUGCCAAGACCUCAGGAUUUUAAGCCUCAGGCAGGAAGAGGGGGGCUGGAAUCAGAGCUGAGCGAGCAGCCAACUGACCGCGCCCUGCAGCCUCCCACUGAACACAGCAAUCUGUGACCAACAGCAGGGGAUACGGCAAUGAAUUUAUUUAGUGCAGCUCUGACCAGAACUCAAGAGUGGACAGUGACAAGACAACAGGGACAAGAGAGGCAUGAGGGAGGGUAUGUGCAUGGGGCAACCUGUGGAGAUCUAAACAGGCUUUAAAGAGAGGUCAACAUCGGAGUAAUCAGAAUUUGUCACGCUAUGAUUCAUGACUGUGGGAAAGAUGUCUGACUUUUCAGGUUUCAGAGUAGUGAGCAAACAGCAAUGUAGGACUUAUCGCCAAGAUUUCCUUGUCAGUGCUUUGCCACUGUUUAUGGUUUGUCUAGCAAAUUGAGGAGCAAAAAUGGAGCUGGUGUUAAGAGGCAGUAUCCAAGAGCAGACAUUUUGCAGCAUUUGUGAGUGGGUGUGUGUUUAAAGACGUUAAUUGAAGCUAAAUUGUUGUCAGAUCCCCGCCAACGUAUUCCUGGAUGAUGUGACUGCCAAUGCAUUCUGCUCCUUUGCUCUCCAUAUUGACUGUUUUUUCUGUACAGCCAAUUUCACUUGGCCUGAGAACAGAAAACAGGAAAAUUCUGAUACAAAAUCUUGUUUAGCACCUACAGAUUCUGGUUUGUUAUGCACUCUGUUCACACAAAAUGCCCGAGUAUAUAAGGUGUCAAACCUGGUGAGAAAGUCUCCACAGUGAUGUUAAAAUAAUCUAAAACUUAUGUUAGGAUGACCGUUGUGUGAGCUAGAAUGGCAAUGUGCCUACAAAGACAGUCAUGAUGUCAGGUUACUUAAAUACACUUCUGCUUUACAAAGACCCAGUGUAAAGACAGGAUCAGACUGAGCCCCAUCCUGUAAGAUCCCAUCCCAUCUUCAACCAUAUGAGUGACACACUUUACAGCAUCUAUCAAGUUACAGUGGAGAGGAAGAACUUCCUUUAACAGGUAGAAACCUCAAGCAGAACCAGACACAGUCAUCUGCUGGGUUUCAAGAGAGGAGAGGGAGAUGAAGAAAGAGGCAGAUGGACAGAGAUGAGAUUGAAGCACACAGUUAAAGCAGCUGGAAAGCAGGCAGGUCCACUUCUGUAGCAGCCAUCCAGAGGAACCUACGGCAUGAUGGAGCUCAAGGACUCCCAGACAAGACUGUAUUAGUGACUGAUGGGACAACAUGACUCAAAGUUAAGGACACAGACAGAGAGAGGAUGGAGAAGGAGGGAAAAGGGGCUUAAUGUGCCAGGGGUGUAAAGAAGGUCUCAUCAACUGGUAUCACUCUUUGGUGCUCUAUAGUGUGAGGGAUCGGAGUGUAGACUUCUUCAGAAGAUCUGAAGCACUCAGAGGAUCAUCUGAUUGAAGCCUUUAUUUUCAGGGCUGCAGAGUCAGAAUAAAGACAUUGAGGUCUCCUUUAGUGCAGGUUUAAAGUUGUCCAGCUGAUUCCUUUAAAGACUAACAAUCAGUAGCUUCUUCAUGACUGUGGAGUGGUAAGAAAUUUGGCCCAUCCCAUUUGGUACUUGAGCAAAGUGAGUGAAUAACCUUCCACAAAACAACUCUGGUGAUUGUGCCAACAAGCCAGUUUGACAAAGCAGGGGGGGAUUUUUGUCAGAUAGCCAAGGCCGUUGUCUCGUGUAUCAUGGUUAUCAGUGUCAGGGGACCUGUUCAGUGUGAUCAAGGCUACUCAGAACCACAGACCAGUUUCUUCUGCCUAGCUUUGGGUCUAAUUGAGCUCUGGGGGGAUUGAGCUUUAUCAGUUACUGCUCUUAAAGCUUUGAAAAGCUCCGCUGCCACAUGCUCAUCUGUUUAAGGUCAGUAUGACAGCUCCUCUUUUGUUAUUUUUUUAUUCAGUUUGUCUUACACCAGCUGGAAUGAGACUUGACAUUAAAAGAUGAGCACAGAAAUGAGGCGGUGGAUUUCGACCUUCAUUACCAAUAUUGAAAACAAGCACUGAAAGCAUAAACAGUCAUAGUCGGCAUUGUUCCAGGAAGUACCUCAGACACGCUCCUCAGUAUAAUACAGAGUAACAUCUAACGAUGAAUGUCCCUGUGUUCCUGUGUAGCCCGUUCGGAAGGUUUAAAGUAAAUAGUGAAGAAGAAGAAGAAGACGCCCUCACCCUGUCCUCAGCUAUGUGGUUCUCAUGGGGAGUACUGCUGAACUCUGGGAUAGGAGAAGGUUGGUGGUCCUUUAGUCUGACACAUCCUGCUCCUGAGUCCUAUUGAUCCCUCUGAUAAUCUGUGUUUGUGUGUGCAGGAGCUCCCAGGAGUUUCUCGGCGAGGAUUCUUGGUAUGGUGUGGGCAGGUUUUGCUAUGAUCAUUGUAGCUUCAUAUACUGCCAACUUGGCAGCCUUCCUUGUGUUGGACCGGCCUGAGGAGCGCAUCACUGGCAUCAAUGACCCCAGGGUGAGACGCCCAGUUCAUCUCUUUUUCAUUGAAACUAAAAUUCACUCUUUUUUUUCACUAAAGUCUUUUGAAAAUCCACACACUUCAGUUUAAUCUUUCACCUCAGCAGGAACUAAAUCAGCAUAGGGAGACAAAACAACAGGUGCUGACUCCAGUGCUUGACAGAGUAACUGUGUUAAUACAGAAAUACCUGAAGUGGUCAAACUUGAACCCUGAAGUGGUUAUAAUAAAAAUGAAGGGACCCAAACAAAGAAGCAUAAAGGAUGUCUUAGUCGGAGCUGUAACUAUUGUGUGAAAAAGUCAAGUCAAGGGUUUCAUCAUUUCUUUAGAGCCGUUCAGUUAUGAAAGGCAGUGUCAGCUGGUACAAUUUUUUACGUAGAAACAUACAUUACUGUCACAUUGAGUUAUGUCAUAAAUACAAAGACCCAGACUCAGACUAAAGGAAUGAUUUAUUAAAAUUAAAAAAAAAAACAAAUGUGCAGAGAAACCAGAAGUGUGAGGCUCACUGAGGUCCACAAACCAGGUGAACAUUGAACACAAGCAGAGCCGCAAGGAAAUAUCAGUAAACUAAGUUAGACCUUUUCUUUCCUUCCUUCCUGUUCUUGUCUAAAAUACCCAUCCUUUGUCCGGCCACAAGAAUAAAGCUCUUCACUUUAUGAAUGGCAGCAUGGAUGGAUGGAUGGAUGGAUAAAUAAAUUAAUAUAGGAAAUUAUAAAUGGAAAGGUAGACAGAUGGAUUAUAUAAAUGGGUGGACGGAUAGAUGGAUGGACGGACAGAUGGAUGGAUGGAUGGAUGGAUGGAUGGGAGAAAGAAUAAGAGAAUGAACAGGUGAACACAUUUUUCGAUGGAUAGAUGUAUGGAUCCCUGGGUGUUAGCUUGAUGGAUGGAAGGAUAAUUUCAUAGAUGAAUGGAUGGUGGAUCUAUAAUGGACAGGUGAAGGGAUGAAUGAACAGAUGAAAAAAAGAAGACAUCAAUAGAUAAAGGAUAGAUAGAUGGCUCAUUUCUUUCUCUGUGUUUUUCUGAUUCUGUUUUUAGCUUCGGAACCCAUCAGAUAAGUUUAUUUACGCCACAGUGAAGCAGAGCUCGGUCGAUAUCUACUUUAGACGGCAGGUGGAGCUUAGCACCAUGUACCGGCACAUGGAGAAACACAACUAUGAGAGCGCUGCUGAAGCCAUUCAGGCUGUACGAGAUAAGUAAGAUCCUUUCUUCUGUUUAUGAACCAUCUCCUCAAACAGCUGAUGUGACUAACAGAUUAACACUGACUGCUGACCACCAUUCCUCAGAUACCUGAUGUUUUCCCCUCUACUUCCUCCUGUAGUAAGCUUCAUGCAUUCAUCUGGGACAGCGCUGUGUUGGAGUUCGAGGCAUCCCAGAAGUGCGAUCUAGUGACGACAGGAGAGCUGUUCUUCCGUUCAGGAUUCGGGAUUGGAAUGAGGAAAGACAGUCCGUGGAAACAAAACGUUUCUUUGGCAAUUCUCAGGUAUAGAAAAGCUUUGAUCUACAGUUGCCUUCAUACACGGCGAGUGUGUUGAUGUUUUGGGCUUUUUCACUGUCUUUCCCCAGCUCUCAUGAGAAUGGUUUUAUGGAGGACUUGGACAAGACAUGGGUACGAUACCAGGAGUGUGACUCCAGGAGCAAUGCCCCCGCCACCCUAACCUUUGAGAACAUGGCAGGUAAGAAGCAGACUGAUAACGAUAAGGAUUUGAGUCUUAGUCAUUUGAGAUGAAAUGGGCGGAUCUGGUCUGCCAAUUUCCUCACCCAGCACGUCCUAACACUGCUUGUUCUCUACAGGUGUGUUCAUGCUGGUAGCUGGUGGCAUCGUCGCGGGGAUAUUUCUCAUUUUCAUCGAGAUUGCCUACAAACGACACAAAGAUGCCCGGAGGAAACAGAUGCAGCUGGCCUUUGCUGCUGUGAACGUCUGGAGGAAGAACCUACAGGUACCUGUUGGUCUAUUCUACCUGGUUGUGUUCUGCUGUGAUCCACUGACCAUUCCAUGCUAUAACUUUACUCUUUUUAUAUUUACUCCGUUCAGCCUAUAUGCACAGUAGGCUUCUGUAUCACACUGUACUGUACUCUAACUUUACUGUUCUAAACUCUGCUGCAGUCUUUUCUAUACUCUUAUCCAAAGUAUUUUACUGUUACUGUGGACUACUGUACUGGACUCUAAGUUGUUUUUGGAGCGCACAUUCGCCGGAGUUUACUAUAAACUCAAAGGAGCUUGAAGCAGAUAUGAAAGAGUCUAGAAAAGAAAAUAAGAAAUACCUCUGGAUAAUACAGAUCCAAUUUUGUUGCACCCAAAGCUGUAGUAAAACUUUUUUUUUUAAAUCAGGUUUCGUAUCUCAGCAGUCACCAGCGACUCCGCACAGAAAUAUUCAUGAUGUAGUGUGUAUCAUCCUCUCAGAAACCUGCAGACUCAUAGUAUUCAUAUGUUUACUUGGAUUGUGGUUCAGGGAUGUCAGAGCGAUCCCAAACAGGGGUUCAAUGAGGUAUGAUGGGAAAUGUCCACAGGGAUUCAUGUGCCUGAUGUCUCCGCAACAAACCUCCUGCUUCAGCUGUUGUUGGAUCAGAAAAAUGUCAAGUCUAAGGAUGUCAGAGAAGGAAAAAAGGAUGAUUUUGCAAAAAGGGCAGAUUCCUUUUGAAUACAGUUCAUUAGAAAACAGAGCCAUCACUGAAAUUUCACUCCAACGGUCUAUCAUAUAGAGAAGACAUCCAUUAAAACACACUAUAAAAAUAUUAAAGUGUUUUUUUAAAGACGUGUUUAACUAAAGAAACAAUGUUGGACAAAAACGAAAGAAAAACAACAAGAUGUAAAUUCAAAGAACAGGAAUAUUCAGUCUUUAAAGUGAGGCACUGAAAGGAUGACUCCUCUUGCAGCUUUCUAUGGUCUGCUCUUCGUUUGAGUGAAUCAGUCCCUCACAUGAUGUAGGUAUAAAUAAACAUUACAUGCCUCAUCUAUAAAUGCAUGUGAGUCACAUAUCUGUGAUCUCAUAUCUGUCCACGAGGGAACAGAAACAUGCGACAGACAGGCAUCAACUCAGAAAUUCAUUUCCAUGUUUCACAUUUAAGAUUAAUGUGUCCCUGUUGUUGUUGUUGUUGUUGGAGAUUGGUGUUUGAUCAGUGAAAAACACCCAGAGGACCACAAGUUAAACAUUAGCAGGAAUGCUGUUCAUGACAGGAGGAUAAAGUACCAUUCUUAAUGAUACAUUAAAGAGUAAUAGGUUGGAUCUGUCUUUAAAUCUUCAGGAGGUAAACCACAUAUCAACAGAGAAGGAUUGCCAAAUCAGUUGUGCCUAAAGACAGAAAUUUUAGCAUCACAAAACUGGCCUUCUUUACACCACCAUGGUAACCUUAACUGGGACCAGAGGCCUUUACUAAGAAGCAAGAUUUUUGGUUGCUGAAAUUUAUGGUAACUGCAGGUUUUUGAUUGAUUAACACGGUCACUUCACAUGACCUGCACUUUGGCAAGUCAUGACUAAGAUAAGGGAUCAUCUGAUUAGGUGGACAAUUCACUGGAUUGUGGAGCUCCAUGAGGGGAAGAGAUCGACUGGUGAACAUUUUGUCUACCCGUAUGAUUUUACAUAAGAAAUGUAAGAAAUGUGCUGUGAUAAUAUCCUUCAACAAAAACAAAGAUAAGCUAACACUGAACCUUGGAGUUGUUGUAUUCACCAGGUAUCAAAUUCUGCACACCUAAAGCUUUGAAUUAUGAUUUUGUAUCAGUUUUAUUACCUCCAUACAGUCUGUUUAAUACUGUAAGGCAAGAGCUGAAAUGUUACACUUGAAGGAGUUACAUAAGCCACUAGAAUUCAUCAAAACAACAAAUCAGUUUCAGUCAGGACCACUUCCAUCAACAAGAAUAAUUAAUUAUGUGCAUGGACAAAGUUUUAUUUGGCAUUAUGGUCUGUUCAGAGGGAGAGCAGCAGCAAAGACCCCUGAGGUACAGGACAGAAGAGGCUUCAGUGACAGUAAAGCAUAGAAAGGAGGAGUUGAGAUGGAGGAAGAAGAGAAGCAGUUUAUCAGAUUGCCCUCUUUGAUAUUUGCUGAUUGGAUGUGUUUAAGGUAAUCCCUGAGCUGCCAACUGAUAUGGAUUUAACAUGAUCUGAUGAACUUGACUUGCCUGAACUAACACUACACACGGUGUAAAACAUUAAAGAUGAUGUACUCUGUAGUAAUGAUAGAAGAUAUUUUAAGCUUAGCAUGUUUGCUUUCUCUGACAGUUCUUCUCAGGUAUAAAUUUAAGAUUUCCUCUAUAGAUUGCUUCAAAUUUGAGGCCUCAGAACCAAAUACCACAACACAACCAGUGUAACAGCGAGUCAAAAUUCAACUUCUGAACCAGUUCGGUUGCACAAAACAAGCAAGUAACUGUAGAAAAUAAACAGAAGUCACAACCAAAUACCAAAAAAGAUGACAACACAGACAAAUACAUCAACAAAACAACAUAAUUCAAAUAAUUCCCCAACAUAAUCAAAGAAACAACUCAAAGAAAUACAGACAAUACAACCAAACAGGAGAUUACGACUUUGUACAUCAACUCAACCAAACUUGAACAAUACAAGCAAAAAUCCCAACACCACCUCAAAAACACCUCCUAAAACUGAUAAACCAGUUUGGCUCCAGUAUUUGGUUGUUUCUUCAAUUCAGUGUGCCGAGCUCUCAGAGCCACAAUAUAAAUACGUCCAGUACAGACACGCCAAAUGUCAUCCGUGCACAGGGAGACAUUAUCUCAUAAUCCACCAAUCUUUCCAGUUUUUAUGGCUGCCAGCAAAUACCCUUGUAUCUCCUUGAGAAAAUAACUGUGCGUCAUUAAAGUCGCUGCAGCAGUUUUGGAGCUCAUAAAAGAUCAAAUCAAGUUUUAUUGCCCUCCGCAGGGGGAACAAAGCAUCAGGGCAGCAAGAGCAGAGCUGCAGUCAUCAAGUAAUGUAAAAUACACAUAUAAGGAUAUCAAAAUUAAUGUAGGGGAUUAUCAAUAUAAUAAAUCAAGAAGACAAAAGGUUAAGAUGGUGAUAAAAUGUUAACAAAUGAUUACUUUGGAAAUGUUCUGGAGGGUUCUGAUUAAUAAUAAUGGCCAGGCUUUGUCCUCUAUAAAAUCUGCAGAGCCGAGGACCUCACAUAUUAUAUAGACCAAUAAAACCACAGACAGCUCUGCAUGAGGAAACUAAUCAAUAAGAGACUCUCAAAUAAAAUUAAAGCCCAAAAACGCCUCAAAGACAUGAUGAGGUUUGAAUACUAAUGUGACAAUUACCGUUAAUGUUACAGGAUCAAACAGAGGUUCAUUUUAACAUUGAUCAAUCUGCUAGUUACUUUAAUGAACAAUGUAUUUAUCACCAAUAACUGGAGACAUGAGACAUACAGUUACACUUGAAUUACAUCAAUCAAAUUAACUGAAUAUUGCUGCCAACGUGAUGGUAGACCAUACCAGUCAUACCAUGGUUUCUGCUGCCAGAGUAAGCUGCUCAUGGAGGAUAGGAUGUGAGAGCUGAAUGUAGAUACUAGGUGCCCUGUGAUCUUCCACCCCAGUCAAAGAAAAAGGAAUUAUUCUGCCUGUGGUUAUCCAUGAACACCCUUGGGAAACACUGUGGCAUUGAUGUACCAUCUACCACAACAGUGAUGUCUGUUAUUUCAUCAAACUAGUUUCGUGUUUUCUAUUUUCUCUAUUUUAUUGAGUGCUUCUGUGGCACACGGGUGUUAUUAUCACCUGAAGAGAUAUUUCUUUAUAUUUCCUCUGCAGUGAUCUAAAAAAUGAACAUUGAACAGCAUUAAACAGAAUUCAUUAGCAGCUCUGAGAUCUUGCUGUUAGGAAACAAGUGUGUCUGUUCACAACGGCAGAUGCACAGAUUCACACACUGAUUAUGCGUCAGAUUUCCAAUCUGUUCAUACGUGCAGAAGAAGAAGAAAACUGCUCUGAUUGUGUCUGGUUUAUAGUCUUUGUUCCAGAUGUUCUGCAGCCUUGCCAGCAGCUGCGACUGAAAUACAUUAAUAAUCAUCACUUCUCUGCCCGGAUUAGCACAUCAAACGCUAGCCGCUAAAGGCUAACCGCUAGCAGAGGAUGAUUAGCACUUCAAACAGCUGUGUCUUAAGGCAAGGAGCUACCCAAGCUGGAUUAACGCAUAAAACAAGCUCAGAGAAAUGUGAGAAGGAAUGCAAAUGAACUGGAGAUUUAAACCAUUUUUAGACCAAUUCACACAGACGGACGGAUCAACAGAUACAUGUUCAACAGAGGAAGAAGAGCAUUACAAUUGGCAAACCAGAAUACGUUAAAAGUACUUGACCUCAUUAUGCUUCUGUCUAAUUCUGUCUAAUUCUGACUAGAUGAACAUUGCAUGGAAGUCAAAGAUAAAAAUCCAUUAGUUUAGAAGUCAAUAACUCUGAACCAUCGAUCUGAUAGACAUAACAAAUGAAACAACAAACGACAAAUCAGCACAUACCACAUUAGUUCAACAAUGAUUUCAUCUAUAGUGUGUUUAUUCUGUGACAGUAGGAUCAGGAGCUAAUUACUAAUGGAUGGCUGUUAUGGCCUACUCGAGAUUCAGUUUAACUUUUGCGUCUGUCUCUUUGGAGAGAGAGAGUUUUGGGCUCUAGUAUGUUUACUAACUUUCCAAAUCCUUCGCUGUCGCCCACUGAAAAUGUUUAGGUUUUUUUGCUUUCAAGCUUUAACUUUUCCAGGGAAACGAGGCAGUAAAUCUUUCCUUCAGUCUUUUGGCUUGCCUCACCUUGACUGAAUGUUUGAUUGCUGUGCUAGCAUUUACUUACAUUUUUGUUUCCCUGUAGUCUGAGUUCCAGUACAGUGGAGUACAGUACAGUAAAUUUAACUCUAAUUAAUUAAUUAGACCUUCAUUUUUUUGCUAGUUGAUUUCAGCUAACAGUCUGUGUAGAGCAGAAUCACUGGGAGUUUGUUUACUGAUUUUUGCACAUUCCAAGAGGGAAACAGGACCAGAGCAGCCUGUCUUAUUUUGGUCAUAUUUUUAUUUCAUGUUUUAAUGUGUUUUCUUUCACUGAUGAUCAAAGUCUUCCAAUGUUCUGUUGCUGCUGGACUUUCAAUGUUUGAUCAAUGUAGAAAUGGGUUCAGAAAUCUGUUUCUGGGCUGUUUGACUCUCUUGGGACUUUAGUCUUAAAGAGUUUUCUGUGCUGUUGGGGUCUCAAGAGAAAACUGUUCUCCUCAUUUGUGAUCAAUGUGUUUUAUUGAUUUUGUUUUAAUUUAAAAAUGAAUGUGUUCAAGUUUUAAAUAAUCCAAACCAAGGCUGGGUAUUCAGGAAUAUUGAAAAGCUUAUUUUUUUUACAUCAAUGAUGAACAUGUAAAGAAGUUUUCCUGUGAAAGUUUUAAUACAGAGUCUGGUGAUAUUUUGUAUUUUCCUUCUCAUAUCAUAUCAUACAAAGGAAUAAAUCUGCUGCCCCAGAGCACUAAAGUAUCGGCUUCAAAACGUUAUCAAACCAUAGUCAAGGAACACAUUAUCAUACUGAUUCAACUUUUAAAACUCUGCAAAGACUUUCCGCCUUAUUUUCCAUCAAGAUAACAAGCUUGUUCACUGAACAUUUAUCAGUUUGAGGGCUUCUUUUCCUCCUCAGUAACUCUUUAUUGAAUAAAAUGAUGAAGGACUUUGUGUUUAGCAGAGAGGAGUAAACAGAGCAGUAGAGAGACAACAGAAGACAGCACAGAGAUAAGGCUUGAGUCAAUUAGCUAAAUAAAUUACCGCCAUUGUCUCUUUAUCCCAACAGAUGAGGGGAAACAUCAGAAGGACGAUGAAAGACGCUGAUUGUUUAUAAGAACUGAGAGGAAAUGUGUUUAUUUUAGUAUUACUAAAAAUGUGUGCCUAGAAGCUAGUCACCUCUUUGUUCCUGCAGCAGAGUUUUAAAGCCUAACGCUGACUUAUUCUAACUUUUUAUUAUUUUCACUUUUGUCAUUUUAACUUAAUUUUGGAGAAAACACCCAGAAAUCUUUCAAACAGAUAACCGUGAUGGUAAUGUGGGAAAGAUUAUUGAUAAUUGUUGUAGAGUUCAUGCAGGUCUGCAGCAGACGGCUAAAGGAGCUCAGAAGGAAUUUACACAAACACACCAGACUAUGUUAGUCCAGUUUAAGUUCUCUAAAAGGGGUUUCGGUUUUUGGGGAUUGAUACCCAGCCCUGGUCUGGUUCUAUCUGGUUGGUAAUCCUGGAUUUGCAGAAGUCAUGCACACGUGCACUUGUCUUUUCCUUUUCACCAAGGAGACCAGUGCUUGUGCAAAACUGAACGUAAGAAUUUGAGUUUGAUUGAAGCCAAACUAUGUUUUUUAUUCCCCGAUCUGCCUAAACCUACCCAAGGUUAAUUGCUCGGCUAAGUUUAGGAAAAGAGCUUUUGUUUCUUUACCCAGCCACUCCCACUGAUCUGUGUUUGAAAUGCCCUUUGUUCCCCUACACUAAAAGACCUGAAGAAGACCAAAACAGUAAAGAAAUCUGACGAUUGUUUUGCUUAUCUAGGGUUGCUAUCCAGACUGAUUCCUAAGGUAUUUGCUCACUGUGAGGGGUCAAAGGACAAAACUGAAAAUGUUUGUAUACGAUGUUAGAGGUGACACACCGUGUUGACCAUCAUCCAUGUGUUGCUGCCCCUCCCCCUCCCCUUGUUAUAUGUACACACAGACACACACAGUGUGACAGAUGGCAUUAUAGCAGCAGAGUGUUGGUAUAAUGAUCUGAUGUGUCGAGGAUCAUCGCUGCUUCAUUCUGGCUUCAUCCGCCAUCUUUGUUCCCCCCCAUCCCAUCCCCGAGGUUGUGUUUAAUUUCGCUUUGUGUCACAUACUUCCUGUUGUGUUUCCAUGUUUGAGCCUCAUGUCGUUGAUUUAUGUGCUGCUGUGUGUUUGAACUGGCAGUAAAACACAGUGAAGCUCUCGUGUUUUACUGAAACAUCACUCCAUCUGAAACAGGAACAAGCCUGCAGGACAGGACCCACACACACACACACACACACACACACACACAUACACAUGCAUACACACACGGACACACAAACACUCACUCACACACGCAUGCACACGCACACACUCACACACACAUGGACUCUAUCAGGACAUACUGUAGGCAGGUAGUGAUGUACAUUUGAUCACUGAGGCAGAAAGACUGUGUGCAGGCAAAGUGUUAUAUAAUCAGCAGAUGGUCAGGAACCACACACACAUUACACAUCUGUAACAUACAUGCUACAGCUUAUUGUUAUUAUUGUUAUUAUUAGUUCCUGUUUUGUCCAAUAUCUUAUUCCAAACUAAUUUGAUCUUUACUCCAAUGUGAUACAAAACUACAAAUACCAUACUACAUAACUGUAACCCCAGUUCCAAAAAAGCUGGAGCCUUGUGCAAACUACAAAUAAAACAGGCUUUGAUGGUUUGUAAUUUAUCUAAAUCAUAUAUUCUAUUUAUUGGCAACAAUGUUGAAGGUGAAAGUUUUACGGAAAAAAAAUGAUGCCACUUUAUCAUUCUGUUGCAUCCCCUCUUCACUGUAAAUAUUAGGAGCAGAGGAGUCCAGGUUCUGGAGUUUCUUGUCAGAUUUAAGGUUACCCACUGCCCAACAGAUCAGGGUAUCCUUUGUCUUAUUGUAGGUGUACUGCUGUAAUAAUACAUGCAGAAUACCUCUCUUUUUGAAAUAUGAAAAAUGUUUCCUGAAAAAGUCAUUGUCUGGAUGGCAUAUUGUUCAGCAUAAAUAGAGCCUUCACAGAUGAUACCCAUGCCAAACAGAAGCUGGCUUUUAAACCUUGAGCUGAUAACAAGCAGGACAGUUACUCCGUCUUUCUGGAGUGGAGGCUGAUUUCCAAGAAGAGUGUCAGAAUUGGAUCCCCACAUCACAAGAUAGUUCCCUACUUUGCCUCAGUCCAUCUUAGACAAAGCAAUUUGAUGUUGUAUGCUAGGAAAUGAUGAGAUUCCCAAAUUAUUUGCAUUUCUACACGAUGGAAUAUAAUUCUGACAUUGUAGAGCUAUUAGCUCACGCAGUCUCUCAUAGAGAGGUUAAGUAGUUCCCAUUUUUCCUCCUGAGAGACACAGCCUCUCUGGAACACCCUUUUAAGAUGCUGUCAUUUCACUAACCUGUGAUGUUCCUUUGGGUUGUUUUAAAGCAUUUCAGGGGCCUUUUACCCCCCCCAGAAAAAAAAAUCAAAUUUGACAGAGUUGAAAGAGCCUAAAGUUACUGUAGAUCACCUUUGUUCAGUGUCUAUGUUUUAUUUUUUGGCUCUGGUCUAAUUUCAAUUCAACGUAGGGUGUAAAUAAUUUGCAAACCAUCAAAAAAUGUUCAUCGUAAAAAAAAAAUAUAUAUAUAUCUUUAGAAUUGGGGUUGAAAAUUCCGGUACAUUGGGCCCUUUUACGGUCUAUUUAUUUAAAACUAGGUGUGUGAAUUUUGGCAAAAGAAGCAGGGCUUUAUUAAUUUAUAAGGACCAUGAUACUGGAUUAAAACUAUUCCCGGUUUGUUGCAUGGUCAGUGGCCUCAGCUAAUAGUCCAAUGGUGAAUUUGAGUUCUGGCAGGAUCACACUGGUUUCAGAACAACCAUUGUUGUGGUUUAAGCACCCCGCUGGCUGCCAUCUUUUGACUGCCAAUGACCAAAAUCGGUUUCUCAAAUUCUGAAUCUAAGAAACAAAACUUUGUGUUUCGACACACAAAGAAGCAAAAACCUUGACAACCUUAGUUUAGGCAGAAAUCGUAAUCUUUAAGUUUAAUACUCUCACAUAGCUUGAUAAACUGCAAAACUUCGCCCAGCUUAUGUUGCCAAACUGUGCGCACAUGACUACAUUUGGCCUCAUGGUUCAUGGUUAUUUUGUGAUAUACCACACUGCUAUACAAUAUGAGAUUAUAUCACACUGUGCAAUACUUAACUACAGUGCAUCAUGCACUGUAUCUGAACUGCGCUUUAUAGUAGAGUACAACAGCGACAAUGUAAGUACUUGAACUUUGCCACAUACCAUGUACAUGGUAUGUUACAGUGUACACAACAAUGCUACGCUGUAUUUACUGUUAUACCCAGUGUUAACAUGCUGUUAUAUUAUACUAUUAUACUCUAUUAUUCAUGAUAACCUGCUUCUAUUAUGAACUACACUACAAUAUAAAGUCGAUACAAUGAUAUACCUGCUAUAAGUUUCUGCUGUACUGCACUGUGAUAUACAAAACUACCGUAAAUCCUCAAAUAUAAGCGGGGUCCUUUAUUCGUUCGCUUAUAUUAGAGGCAGGCCUCUGUCUGAGAAGUAUAAUUGAUCAUGCUGCCGGUCAAAUUUAGAGUCUGUUUCAUAUAAACUAUUGCACGGCUGUUGUUCUUACUGAAUUUGCGCAAAUAAGACAUCAUCAAGUUCACAAAGCACAUGCAGAAAGUUUAAUAUUACACAAACUGCACUGGCCAAGCAAAGAGCGCCUCUGUGCGCCAAUUAAAAUGAGCCAUUGUGCGUUCAUUCAUUCAGGCCUCAUCGUACAAAGGACCUAAUAUACUGACGAUUUCUAAACGGCAUACAGAGAUGGAGUAACAUUUACACCAUCUGCUCUCGAGUUUUUUAAAUGCAGACAUUUUAAAUGUAGAUAAUGGCGCUUAGUACCUGUUAAGGCAACAGAGUAUUUAUCUAUUUUCAUGAACAUGCCUCUUUCAGUCAUUCACUUGAAGAUGGAUAUUAACUGAAAAUGGUCAUAUCUUCCAUGAAUUGACUCCACAGUAAAAUAGUAACCCAUCUGGAUCAUCCUGGUCUCUAAAGGAUGACUGCCCACAGUGCAGCUCUGAGCAGCAGAGAGUAGAAAUGCUGAUAGUGCUUAUAUUAGCCAUUGAUGUAGUUUAAUUCAAACCCGACUUAAACUCACUUGUAAAGGCCAUGACCCCGGUUACCAUAAGAGGCCCCAGCCACAGAUUGAACACCGGUCUUUAUUUAAGGAUUUACGGUACACUGUAUUUUGAUUUGAUGUAUGAUUGUGUAUAGUGUAGCUGAAUUGUUCUCCGCAGCAGAUUUCUCAUGUAACACUCACUGAAAUCAGCCCACCUCUUCAGUUAAUAUGACGUGAUACUGCACACUGGCAGACUCCAGAGUGACACAGGUGUGCAGUUGAGUAGCAGCGCUCAGUGAGUGUCUCUGCUGCGUGUUAAUGUGUGUGUGCACCUAUCGUAUCAUUUAUUUUAGGAUAGGAAAAGUGGUAGAGCAGAGCCCGAGCCCAAACUGAAAACCUCUUUUAGGUCCAUCACUUCGACCUCCGACCUCAAACGCCGUAGGGCCUCCGGGGACACCACGGUAAGGAGAUGAAGACCACCUACCCUCCUCCUCCUGUCUUAAUCUUACACCUCCUAUCUUCCUCUCACCCCCAUCCCCCUUUACUCUCAUAUCACUGUGCCAUUGUCUCUUUUCAGUCACCCUCUUCUGUCUUUGUCACAUUUCUUCCGUCAAUUAAAUUUAUUUUCUUUGCCAUUUUUCUUUCUUCUCAUCAUCCCGCCCCACCUCCUCCUCCACCCUCCUCUCCUCUUCUGUCUUGUCAUCUCAUCCCCAGCUCCAUCAUCUCCUUGCUGACUCAUCAUGGCCGCCCAUCUGUCAGUCAGCCAUCUUUGCCUUGUGGCCUUCACCAACUCAUCUGUCCCUCAGAGAGACAGACAGACAAAAGACAGACUAGAGGAAACAGAUUGAAGACAGAAAGUUUGAUGCAUCAGCUCAGGUCAGGACUCGUGUUGUUGCCAGGUUUUGAUUUCUCACUCUUUGAGAGUCGUCCUCUUGCAAAGGAGAAGUGAAGAGGGUCAGACUGUGUGGUCUCUUCUCUCCUGUGGACCUUUUGUCCUCUCAUCCCUCCUCUCUGUUUUUGUCUUGUGGUUUUGUCUCCGUCUCGUCUGUCUCCCUGUUCUGUUGUUUUUCCUGUCCUUCCUCUCCUGUCACCUCUCUGUCCCUUCAUCUCGCCAAAAAUGCCCCACAAACCUUUUAGAGACUAUUUAUUUUCCUUCUCUUUCCACUAACAAUCAGCUCUUGUCCUCUCAGGCAGCCUGCAGAGACGCAUUUCCUCCACUAACUCUUCUCAUUUUCAGCGUCCUUUCGAGGUGACACUUUUAGGAGCUGGUGAAUUAAAGCUGUCAGACGUGAUGAUGUGUCUGAGCGUAAAUGGCUUCUCCCUUGGCUAAUAAAUGACAUAUUUUCACAGCGCUGCUCGUCCACAAGGAAUAUCCGCCUGAGUUGAACUGACUUCAUUGAAAAUCUAUAACUCUGGAUCAUUUCUGCCAUCAGUGUUGAUGAUUUUGACCUGUCUGUGGCCGCCAUCGCCUACAUUACAUUUUUUAUUUUCAGCCUCAGUUUGGAAGAAAUGCAUCAGUUAUGAGCCAAAAUCUGAGAUAUUUAUUUCCCCCUUUCUUAAAAAGUCACCUACGCUCCCUUAAAAUAAGGGAUUCACCUCCAAAGAGGACAGAGAGGGUUUAUUCUCCCACUGACAAGCUGUAUUGUCUGCGUUAAGUUUGUGAAACCCUUUUUACAAACUUAACACAAUGCAGAGAUCUGAACUGUGCCAAAUAUCUGUGAAGUUUUCGUCCUUUUGCAUCUCCCCCCCCGGCAGAUAUCCAUCCUAUUUUACAAGAAGGGAUUCAAAAUGGAGCAGGAAGCCCACUGGGGGGUCUUUACUCAGGGAUCAAACUCUCACCCUGUCUGUUGCUGAACAUUAAAACACGUGUUCUACAGCUCAAGAGUCUGUGUUAAUGUUCAGGAACAGGAAACUGUAUUGAUCACAGCAGUGGCAGAUCACUCAGGGGUGAUGGGAGGGAGGUUCGGGUGACUCAUUUCUCUUUGUGAUCAUCACUCUUUAUUUUCUAUAUGAGUGUUUUUCCUCUCUCAGUGGAUUUGAAUGGUGUCCAGACUACAUGCUGUACUACACACACACUGCCUCUGUCCUCCUCUGCAAGCACGACCGACCUAUAGCCUGAGAGCACUCACAGGUUCCUGUUCAGAGCCAUUGUUACUGACAGGGUUCCUAUCAGGGCAAACUGCCGUUUAUGACUUCAAGUCUACAAAGUGUCAGAAAAUACUCCAAGGUGACGUCUACAAGUGUCCUGGUUUAUUCAACUCAAAGAGUCGGGAUGCUGGGUAAAACUCUUAAAGAAACAGAUUUUGAUGUUUUGCCAAUCCUUAAAAACCCAAACUGAAGGUUUAACCAUAAUAUUAUCAAUAUGUGCUUAUGUUGAAUUUGAUGUUAGUAACACAUUUGACAAAUGCUGGUACAGAGGCGUCCCUGGCAUUGUGUCUUCGGGAACCAAUAAGACCAGUUUCAGGAGUUUUUAAGUGACAUGUUGUCCCAGUCUAGCUGGCUGUAGGAUUCCAGCUGCUCAAUGGCUCCGAGUCUUCUUUGUUGUGUUUUUCAUUUUAUGACAGGUUAAUUUUUCAAUGGCUGACAAGUCAGGACUGCAGAAGGGCCAGUUUCAGCAGCUGGACUCUUCUACUACAGAGCCAUGCUGUUGUAAUCCCUGCAGAAUUUGGUUUGGUGUUGGUCUGCUGUAAUGUGAAGGUCCUCCCUGAAAAAGUAAUUGAUUGUAACUCAUUCUAAAAUAGAUGCUGGCUUACAAGCAGCAUGGUUCCUCUCCUCUCUAGAGUGGAAUACACAGCAUCCAUGAUCUCAAAAAGGAAUGUCCAAUUCUGAUUCAUCAGCUCACAGGACAAUUUUCCACUUCACCUCAGUGCAUCUUGAGUGGAUCGUGUUUAUACUUCGUUUUCCCUUUUCAUGGUGAAGUUUUAACCGGCAUUACUGGAGGAAGUGAUGAAACGUGUUGUCAGACCAAGGCUAGUCUUGCACUUUGCCAUAAUCUGUUUUGAAUGAGCUUUAGUCCAAAAGAGUUUUUCUGAAUGAUGUUCAUAAAUGGUUUCUUUUUGCUAUAAUACACUUUUAACUAGCAUUUGUUGAUACAGGAGCAAACUGUGUUCACAUAAGGGUUUUUGGUGGUGAUUUUCACACCAUGCAGUGACCUCUACUCUAGAGCUCUGGUUUGAGUUCAGUGCUGAGAUACUCUGCCCCUCUGGUAUGUGCUCUCUAAAUACUCAGUUGUGUAACUAACUUGCAUGACUUUACUAGUUGAGGUGUUUUUAACACAACUUUGUUACAACUUUCUCUAUGUUUUGUUGUCUCUGUUUUAACUUUUUUGACGUGUUGCAGACAUCAAAUUUAAAAUGAGAAUAUAUUUUUCAUGAAAAAUAACACUUCAAUUCCAAACACACCAAUUUUAAUUACAUUUAGGCUUUAAACAUUUUGCAAACCAUCAAAAUCUGUUCUAUUGACAUUACACUGCGUCCGAGCUUUGUGGUACUGGGACUUGGAGUCAGAUUCAGGUUUGUGUAAGGUGCGUUUACACAAGACAGGGUUUUUUUUCUAAAUGAAUGCGCUGAACAGUGAAAAUUCUCCGCGCUUGAUUAUCUGAUAAAACAGACUUGGCUCAUCAUCUUCCAAUGCAUCCCUAGAAACACAUGUGGGGGCUUUAUAAAUAAAUCCUACAGGGUCCUAUAGUCUUACUAGCUACGUAUGUGUCAAUAUUGCUCCACCAAGAACUUCAUACUAACAGUUACCAAAACACCACCACAAAUGGCAUCCAAUAGUGUGAUUUUUUUUGUUUUGUCAUAACAGUUAGCUCAUUAGCUUCAUGUAAGACAUGAUGACAGUGGUGGUGAUGCUGUUGCAACAAGGAUGAAAAAAAUCUGCAAAAUCAGAAGAGAAAAGGGCAAACAAAAAAAAAAGCAGAUCUCAGAAAAUUUUCUCAAAAUAAAAGGGAAAAACACCCAGCGGUUACUGGGGUCCCACAUCUGUUUCCAUGGUAACAAACGGGCAGAAGGAUGAGAGGCUGUUAAGUCCCUAACUGACAGCACAUUAACACAACUCCAACAAAGCUGUAGAAAUCAAGAUUUUCAAAAACAUUGAGGGUGUUAUGCCAAAUUAUGUUCCCUUGACAUGAGAAAUGGGUUCAGUUCAGACAGACUGCUACUGGGGAUUCAACCUAAAACCCUGUAUGUAAUGCUGCAUCACUCUGAUGAUCUGAAGAGACGUGUUUUAUUCAGCAGCAGAUGAAACAUCACUUUGUCUCAGCCUUGGGGUCUAGAUCUGAAAUAGUUACAAAAAGUUUUGGAUUAGCUCUGGUGGGACUCCUCCAUCAGAGGCCAUGAGACAGGCUGUACUGGCCGCAGUGUAACACAAGGGGUGAUACUGCUCACUUCCCUUUACUUCAUGUGUCACAUAGACUGUACCAAAGACAGACUACAUAUGACAGCACUCCAACAGUAAAGCAGUAUAGGUUGUAAGCCUGACUCCAUGUGAACAGAUGUGACAUGAGUCAAAAUGUGGGCUCAAAAUACAUGUCAAAUUAGUUUAUCUUUAACAUAACACUGUGACCUAAACUAAAAUACCUUUAACAUCUAAUGAGGCCUUGUUAGAGCCUAAUUGUAACAAUGACCUGAAAUGUUGUAACAUUAUUGACCAAUCAUUACAGUUCAGGCUUUUUUUUUUUUCCUUUUUUUAAAAUAAUAUUUUCGGUCAUCGUUACAUACUGGGCUCUAACAAGCCUCCAUCAUUUCUGACCAGGACACAAGCAGAAAAAGCUUUAAAAUCCACCUAAAAUCACUGAGAUUCUGAUUUGCACUGAAUUAAAAUUAUCGCAGGACCUCUUUUAAAACAGUAUGUGAUACAACCUGGAGUUUUAUACUUGCGAUUACAUACAUGGUUGAGUUGCACCUACGUCCUCCGCAAUCAUUACGAAUUAUUGCAGGUCCCCAGGUGAUGCUUACCUUCCUGUGAACAGAGUUAUUUAAAGCUAUGAAUGGGAAUAAAACCAUAAUAAAUAACUCUACUGCUCUGAAUUGGCAAAGUUGAGGCAGGUUUUGUCUGUUAUUACUAACAGUAGCGUUUUUCUUAAAUAUACUGAGAACUCUACAGAUUAAGUUACUAUUUUAGGUGACAAUGUCACGCUAUGGUAGUCAACUUUAUGUAACAAGCUAAGGCAGGUGUUUCUAUUGAUGGAGUUUGGUGUCUUUGUUAAAGCAAAAUACCGGCUGCUGAGGCUGUUGGCGGCUACUGGAGUAACUUGUAACCCCAAAUAAUUCCAAUAAGAGACCCACAUUUACACAAAGCUUUAACCCUUUUCAUAAAGUUUUCCUUAAUAUUGAUAAUAUUGAGAAAAAUGUGCUGAUCGUACCUAAAAUGAGGCAGAGUCAGACGUCCGCCAUCUUGGCUCUAAAGUUGGUAUCAGGGUGUUAAAUUAAUGUGUGUGUUUCCUUUGCUUUCUCUUUCUGUCUUUCCAUUUUUGUCCCUCUCUUUGAAGCCGUACCCAACUGACAUCACCGGCCAGCUCAACCUAUCAGACCCCUCUGUCAGCACCGUGGUCUGAGAGAGAGAGAGAGAGCAAGAGAGAGCGCUUCACUGCUGCUGCUGAGCCUCACACACAUACACACAUAUACAUAUAUAUAGACCCUCUGGACACAGUCACAUGCUACACACACACACACACACACACACAUUAUAUAAACAAACAGGCAUCAUGUAAACACACACAGAUGGACGGACUGAACCUCCUCUGAGACAGGAAGGAGAAUAUGAUGGCAUCACUCAGUGCCAACACACACACAUACACACAUACAUACACACACACAAACUCCAUCUGUUUUCCCGAGCACUAAACACACACACACACACACACACACACACACACACACACACACACACACACAAAUGCUCGCCUUGCUCUGCUUGUAGCUGUCAGCCUCCUCCAACCAGAGGUUUUUUUAAAGAACUUUUCAAAACUGUUUUUUUGUUUUGGUCAAUGUCAUUGUUAUUGAACAGUUCAUUCUGUUUCCUCCUCCUCCUCCUCCUCUUCCUCCUCCUCCUCAUGCCAAUUGAUCGCACUGACUUAUCAAUCCAACUGAUCAGUUCCGGAACUGCUUCAUUUUGUCAGAAAGCUCGAAUUCCAAACACCAGAAAUGUUUCAUCCGAGCGGAAACAAACACUUGAUCUUUUGGUGGAUCAGGAACAUGUUGAUUGAUCAGGAACAUACGGAUGGAUAUGAAACCCACUGAUCAUCAGGAAACCUUGUCAAUUGUAGGACAAUUUCUCAAUCAAUUGGGAACUUUUUUAUUAAUCUGGAACUCAGUGAUUGUGAAUUUCUUACUGGAUGUCAAACUCUGCAGCUGAUCAGUAACUCAAUAGGGAACCGGUCUAUCAAUCAUGAACCCAACCGAUUGGGAAACUAUCCAUCUGUUAGGAACUUGUCAAUCAGUCCUGAUCCCUGAUCAGGGUGUGAUGGGUAAUCUGAGCCUCUGGGUCAGGAAGUACCUCAAACCUGGAACUGCAGACCAGAUCACUGAAUCAGCCCGUGUGGAUCCGUCAUUCAGAUGGCAAGCAUUUUCUCUGACAUCACACUCAGGGCAGGAUGCUAGGAAAUAAUUAUGACGCUGAUUGCUCUGUCCCUGUUUUGUAGUUCUAAGCUUGAGGAAAUAGUCCCACUAAAACUGGACUUUUAAAAAACAUGUAACCACAUUAGUCUGACUUGGAUAGCUAAAUAGCAUAAAUGUGUUGCUAGGAAGCGGGAUAGUAAACAAAACCUCAACAGGCGAAGAAGGACGUAAAAUAGAUGAGGGUUUUGUAACGCAGGCAUAGAGCUGUAAAAGUGACAGUGUUGUCUAUCAGUGUACAUCCAGUUAGUCUCUUGUUUACAGUUGCUUUGAUAUGUAAUAUGUCAAGAAGGAGACAACCUAAUCGUAACAAGCUGAAAGGGAGCAUGGACAGUAAGUCCAGUUAAAUUGCCUAAUCGAGCUAUGGUCAUUGCUCAACUAAACUGUGCCUGUAUACAUACCAUGUAGUCAUACUUCUGUCCUGGCUCUUUCUUUUUUAAACAGAGAAAAGGAGCUUCAAUCAUCUGGAUUCUUGCAAAGAUUAAAAAAAACACACACACACACUGACUGUAGGACUACAUUCAGGAUUUGACCAUUGGGGUGCACUACAGAAAAAAAUUGGUUUCAACUCGCUAAUGUGAUAAAAACAACAUAAACACCAGUGUUAACAAACUUGAGCAACAGAAAACACAAAGAUCUGCACACCAAGAAGCUCUGGUUAAAGGGUAUAUUUUCACACUAAGCAAUUUGGGUCAACAUGUUUACGGAAAAAAAACUUCAGCUCGAAACGUCACUUAGUGCAAACCCCUCAACAAGAGCUCCCUGGAGUCACCAUCUUUGUGUUUUCAGUGUUAUCAAAGUAGCCAGCAGACAAAUAAUGAAAAUUAUACAAUGUUAUUGUUUUACUAAUGACUGCAUUCAUGAUGUAAGUUGAUAAAGACUUCUGCCUCUUCAAGACCUUCAUGGUAAAAUAAAACCAUAACCAACAGGACCAGUUGUUAACUGCAGUUAUCUUCUGUAUUAUCUGUAAGUCUCAAACGUUAACAUAACUAAUGCUAACAUUAGCUAACUUUUGAUGGCGACUACCUGGCUGUCAAUAUCUGGAUUGGCAAAGUUGCUUAUCAAUCAGGAAGUAGUUUAAUAAUUACAUAUUAGGUAGAUUAUUAGCAACCAUUCAACGUCAGCUUAAGUUAGCCUUUAACCAGUUCAAAGCUAACAAAUUUGUGUGAUCAUAAAUGUAAUGCAUUAAGAACACUAGCUAACUAACAAUUCAGUUUAAAUUAGCUUUACUGGCUGAAAAGUCAGAACAAUACUGCCAAAGCAUAAACAAUAUUACACAUUUAUUAAUAAAUAAUAAUUAGUUGAUAAAAAUGUAUUUGAUACAAUAGCUAACUAUUAGUUCUCUGCUGGCAAUGACUAAAUUCAGUGUUAAAGUAACCUAUCAAUCAGGAACCAGAAAGUGGUUUAAAACAGAAAAAAAAUUCACCCGAAAAAUGACACCGAUUUUGGUACUAGGUUUCUUUUCUAUGCAACUAAAUAAUCAAAAAACAUUAAAAAAUAAUUUUAUUUGCUAUAAUUUCAACCACAUCAACUAAACAGUGAAAUAAUGUGAGCCUCCCACCACGAGCAUGAUGUCAGAGGAAAGCGGGUCUGAAUAUAUUUAAUGGCUCUUCACAGCUGAGGCUCAUGGGUAAUUGAGUCGUUGGAAUCAUUCCACCAAACUGAGUGGAAUCUGUGAUUUGCCAUGAAGGAACAUGACGGUCUGUUUCAGUGAUUCAGGAAAUGCUUGGUUUUUUUCUGUUCAACCCUAAACCCCACCUCCACUAGUAUCCAUUAUUCAGGCCAAAAUGAGGGGUAUUUUAUCGUUCAUUUAUGACUUUAUUAUUUUACUUACAAUUCAAAUAUUUAUUAUGUUAAUUUAUUUGCUGUCUCUCUAAUGAAGAUUACACCAACUCUGAUGAAGACCAUAAAACUAGAUGAGGGCAGGAUUACAGUUGCUGUGAAAUAGAUAAAUAAAAUCAGUCAAUGUAUUUGCAGGCAGACAAAAAGAAAUUAAAUGUAUUCUAUUAUGUAAUUCUAGUAUGUUUUGGGGGAAAUUCCCAUAAAAUCACCUGUUUUUUUUAUUUUGAGCAAAAAAACAGUGUUUAGCUCUCUGGUGACUAAUUUGUAUUUUUGCAACAGUGGGAGAAUGCUGGUAGAUGAGAGAAAAGAGGGCCUCUUAAAGAGACUGUGAAUGAAAUGAGUUUGGACAAAGGCUGAAAAAAGGUAUUUCGAAGAGAGUAUUUUGAGCUGUAUGAAGCCUGAAAAUAAGACUUUUUGUGCCUUUUUAAAAAUUUUCUGAAGCUAAUUGUUACCCGUGUGCUGCUGGAGUCUGGCCCAACAAUAGCAACAAAUAUUUUAUGAGUUAUUUUCUGACUAAAUUUAAGUGCUGGUUAUUUUCUGAAAAAAAUUCAUAUACAUCGCUCGUUCAUCCUGCACUCACAAAACAUUUAUUGAAACUUUAUCUUUAACAUCUGUCAGUCCACGAAAAAGCCACUAAUGUUAACUGUUUGUUUCUGCGUUUUCUCACGUUGGUCCUUGAAAACAUAUAUCAGGACAUGAAACAAAGACUUCCCCAGGGCCCAUUUUUUUUUAAUCAGUUAAAAAUGCUUAAGCAAAAAGCUUGAUAAGUGCAUGUUUCUAGAUUUCUAUUUUAGUUCAAAUAAAACUUUUUUGUUUUGUAUGUCUACAGCUUAUUAAAACAAAUCGAUUAUGUUUGUGCAACUGUUGGUAGACUUCUAAAGGAGCACCUGGUUUGUUCUUAUUUUUAUUAAUAUGAAGUUUCUGAGCGGACACAGUCACUUUGAUAGAGUAAGCUGACAUAGUGCAGCAAAAGCCAGUUUCACCAUUAUUCAUAUAUUUUGGGUCAUAUUACUUAAAGCUCCUCUGAGGAGAUUUUUUAUAUUCUUAAAAGAGACUGAAAUUCAUAUUCAUUCCAUUUUAUGACAUCCACAAGCAAGUAAGACCACCGGUGUAAAAAAAAAGUUUUUUUACAUCCUUAUUUUUAAUGCCUCAAGAACCGGUGCAAGAAGUUAGGUGUCAGCUUUUCACAAUUUCUACAUUAAAAAAAAUAAUAAAACAAAACAAAAACAACAAAAAAACAUUUAUGACACAUCGGACUGUACAGAGUGAGCAGGAUAAGACUUUUACAUCAAAAAUUAAGCCAAGCAAAGACCGCUUUGAUCACAGGGGGGCACUAAACUUGAAAGUUUCUCACAGGACCUUUAAUAUUGAUGUCAGUACGACCUAAAACUAGAAGAAAUCUAUGAAGACUUUGUAUCAGCUUCUGUUUGAUUUGGAUGUGAGUGAAUACUUUUUGUAAAACAGAUUUUACUGGAGUAUUCAGUCACAUCGAGUAUGGCAACAACAAUAACUCCCUGAACCAGAGGCUCCCCCCACCAUCCCCCCUGACAGUCCCAGGGCAUGAUGGGACAUGUGAAAACUGCUCCACUUUCCACUGUGUCUCUGCUGAAGAUGUCAGUCUCUGUCUACCUCAAGUACACUGUAACUCCCACCUGCCAGAAACUGAUGUCCUGUGAAAACCUCCUAACUCCUCGCAGGCCUGUUCACACAGACCCGAUGGAGUUAUGAGGUUUUCACGCUGCAGAAGCGAUGUAGCUGCCGUCUUUAAAGUAAACUUAUUACAAAUUAAGUUGUUUAGAAAAUACACAUCUGCAUGAAAAACACAUCAAAACUGAGCCAAGAGCCUCACUGAGAACAAGAAAUCAUGAAACUAAAUUAUUCUUUAAUACCCUAAAUAUACUUCAAAAAGCCAGAAGUUAUAGCUGAAAAAUUACAUCCCAUUAAUAUCUUAUUUGUAUAAAUCAGACUGCAGAGACAAAUUCAUAAAUAGUAACCCUGAGCGGUAACAUGACAAAGAAAUCAUUGUUUCCGAAUGUGAUUUCAACCAACUGACCAACACUCAUUCACAUAAACUUAAAGUUAAAUUCAUGUGACAAAAAUUAGUAAAACUUAUGUGAGUACUUUGAACAAGCUAAAGCUAACUGUUGUUAGCUAACAUGACUUUCUGCUCAGCCAGAGCUAACGCUGUGAAUAAUGUCCCCAAAUGUAAAUAACCAAAAUCAAUCCCCUAGAUUAAUGCUCAUGUUAACUGGUGAAAGGACCCUUUGAUGGUGUAUGUGGCCAAUGCUUACCGAGUAGCCAUUAUGUAUUUAGAUAUGACAGUUAAACUUAAACACUGACUAGCUUAGUGUCAAUGCUAGCUACUAUUAGCAUCAGCUGUCGCUCACAGUAACAUCCUUAAACCUCCCAUGUUUUUUACUUGUAUUCAAUAAGUUAAACUGAGGCAAAGCUGAUUAGAGUCUUGCUGUAAUUCACAUUGUCUUUUUUUGAGGAAUUUAAAAUACGAUGACAAUUUACCACCACAGCUCAUGGUUAUUUUCAAGAUUAGGGCUAACCCUACGUUGAUUUAUAAGUGUUGGUUUCUUGUCUCUGGACCCCAUCGACAGCAAUUUUAAACCUGACUGAAAACGACUGUAAUCCUUAUUCUAAGUCUACUUUAGUUGCCUUUGCUAUCUACAGAAAACAACAUGAUAACAAAGUUGUAGUACGUUAAAGUCCCUGAAAAUUUCAAAGCACAUGUUUGAGGCAUGGAAUCCUUUGUUUUUCUUUAUGUAUUCACAUCCCACCCCACCUCCCUUAAAAAAUGUCUUUAUCACAAGUUACUUGUAGGAUACAUAUAUAUUCAUGAGCAACACAGCAGUAUUUGCAGUUUUGCGUAUUUUGAGACUAGACUUCUUUUCUUUAAUUUAUUUCUUGUUUUUGCCUGACUCAGAAGUCUGUUUACAGAACAAAGAAACUUUAAUUCAGCUCACAAAUGAUAGAUAAAUAAUAUUUCCAUGAGAUCCAGGUUAAGUCAGCUGAGCAAACCGGCACCAAAAUUCCAAGUUGGUUGGUUGGACAAAUUAACCUUUUUUGCUGCUGAAGCCCAAACACCAGUCAAUGAGUUGUCUAAGCUGUAAAGACGCUAGCUUAAGCUGUAGUCCUAGUUACUUCGAUUUGGUUUAUUAAACAAACCGAGGUCAGUUUCGGUCUUUUUUCCUAAGGGUUGAUUUACCUUUUUACUGUCUAUUUAGACAGAGUGAAACCUCCAUUCAGACAUCCUAGAAAAUCAUUACCUUAAAUAAUUCCUGAUAACGACAGUGUAGUGAGACAGGUAAUACCAGGAACUUUAAGAAACUCAAACAACAGAUAGCGUCGAUUCAAAGAGAUGUGGUCAGAAAUUUUCAGAGCAGAUCAGUCUUUUUAUCACUUAUGUGCAGGAUGAUUCCUUGAAUCUUUUCUAUUAAGGCUCUGGAAAACCACUGUUGUGUUACGAAUGUGUCUCGAAGUGAUGGUCUGGCAGGGUUUGUAUAGAUUGAAUAUUGAUCAGACCUUAAGGGUAGCUAUAAACAGUCCACAAUUCGAAUGAAAUCAAGAAUUCAAUUUUCAAUUCACAAUUUUUUUUUCUGUUCUCAGUGACAUUUGGCUGGUUUUACUUGUACUCAUGGUAAUACUGAUACUGUUUAAAAGGGGAGCUGCACCACCAGGACUCACCUUAAACCUGGCUCAUAUCACUGUUGGUUUGAUAUAUUUAUUUGCUCACUGAUAAUUGAAAGAGGUCCACAUAGAACUGAACAAAGCUGCAGUACUUACAAACUCUAUCUGAUUUAUGAAAGACACAACACUGCAGACUUUUAUUGAACAGAGAGACUUUGUAAUAUUUCUACUCAUCUUUGUGGUGUAUAGCACUGAGCUGUGCUGUCACUGUGAAUCUAAUUUAUUUAUUAAACACUCUUACAUAAGAAGCUACUCUACAAAGCUCAUUAGAAAACAGUGCCUUGCUGAAAUUUAAGUUUUAAGGUUCAAAUUUAUGAUUUAUUAUUGACUUUCAUAAGAAAAUGCAACUUUAGCCGCCUUUUGCACACACACACACACAUAUUAUCUAAUAAACACGUAAGUAAAGUUAAAAUUAAAGAAGACACCAAAAAGUAGUCUUAUAUGUGUUAUAUAUACAUGUACAUCAUUAGCAUAUUAGUAUUUUUCAAGAACUUAGAGUAGGACAAGCAAUAUUGUGCAGAGUUAAAAUUUCAGUGAUGAAUGAAUGUAAAAAAAACUAAAUACAAUAGAGAAGGGAGACAAAACACAAUCCCACUAUUCAAUGCAUUUCAUGUCAUAGAUGUCAUGUAAAUGUGCAGCUCAUUAUAAUAAAACAACAAGAAAUGACAAAAGAUAAAACUUCAAUAUACUCUCAACAUGACUUAUGAGUUAUAAUCACUGCUGCCAACUGUGGGCAGUUAAAUUCACAAAUAAUGCGGCUCUCUGCAGAAUCCAUGUUAAUAUCGUUGAUAUGUGCAGCUAGUGUUUGUGUCAUACAUAUACCUGCAGGUCUAAUAUGAUAAUGUAUGCUGAUGCUAACAGGCGAACAGGUUUAGUGACUGAAAGUGUCUCACAUGUUGCAAUUUAAUUUAAUAAAUAUUUAAUUUUUUAGAAAAGAAGAGUGGAAUUUAACACAGGUAUGAUAUUGUUUUAAAAAGUCUGUUUGCCACACUUACUGAAUAAAUCAUCUGUUAUUUAAGUGACUCUGUGUUUGUGCAGCUCACCCUUACAGUAACAUCCCGAUGUCAUGUUGUGGCAUUAAGCUAUGAUGACCUGAAGCCUUUAUUAGUUUUAUUUUGAUUUGAUGCACUGAUGUAACUUUGUCAUUUAUUUUCUUGCUGUUGUUCAGAUUAUUAUGAUGAUGAUGGCGUCGCCUCACUGUUUGUAUUUAAUCUAUAAUCACGUGUAAGCUGAUCUGAGGUCAGUUUGUUUAAGCGCUAUGGUCACAUUAAACUGCUGUCAAGUAGAAAAGUCGUUUCUGUACGCACAUGAUAUUUUUAAAUUCUUUGAAAUAUUGAAGUUUUGAUGUUUUUGUCUAUUAACACUUAAACUGUAGAGAAAGACGUUUGCUCCCCUCUCCUUCUGUGCAACACUGCAAAGGAAAGUAAAGAGUGAUCUUUGACCUCUUCAGGGGUCACUGUGUGUUAGUGCAAUAAUCUACCAAGGUUGUGUGUCUGGUUGGUCAUCCAAAUUUUUAUGUUUUUCUAAAAGAUGGAGUUAUGUAUGUGAUGACCUCACCUGAAACUGCUUUUGACAGGUUUUCCCAUGGAGACCAGAAUGAUUGAGACCUGAUCUCUCUGGUCCAGCUGUGUGAAGAAAACACGGUGGACAGGCCAGAACAGGGAUGUAGAUGUGAAGUUCCUGCUUAAACAAAGUCAUGUGGUGAUACUUUUAUGGGUAAUUAUGAGUAUAUUAAAUGUUUAGUGUGACCAAACUUGCAGAAAUGUAAAACUUGUGUACAGCGUAUAUUGAAUCUACCAUACUGAGAUUAAAGUUUUAAGUAUUAAAUGAACAUUUACUGAAGUUCAAA